UGCACCGUUACUCUAUCUAUUCAGGACUCCCGGACUGGCUGCUUCCUCUGUUAAGGUACAGUAUGAGACUUUGUCACGCUAGAAAGAAUUGAAUAUUAAGAACAAAUACAAUCCAUUAGAAAGGUAAAAUAGAUUUAAGACUCAGGGAUCAGUCCACAAAGGAGUUAAUACAGAGAAUGAGGUAGGUCUACAAGGAGUUAAUACAGAAAGAAUGAGGUCAGUCUAGAAGGAGUUAAUACAUAGAAUGAGGUCAGUCUAGAAGGAGUUAAUACAGAGAUUGAGGUCAGUCUAGAAGGAGUUAAUACAGAGAAUGAGGUCAGUCUAGAAGGAGUUAAUACAGAGAGAAUAAGGUCAGUCUAGAACGAGUUAAUACAGAGAGAAUGAGGUCAGUGUAGAAGGAUUUAAUACAGAGAAUGAGGUCAGUCUGGAAGGAGUUAUUACAGAGAGAAUGACGUCAGUCUAGAAGGAGUUAAUACAUAGAAUGAGGUCAGUCUAGAUGGAGUUAAUACAGAGAUUGAGGUCAGUCUAGUCAGCCCUGAAAACAUAGAAAGAACAUUUCACAAAUAUCCAGUGGUGACAUUUCAAGUUGAUUGGGCACCAGACUUGACGCAUAUAUUUUAAUGUGACCCUAAAUAUUGUUAAUCAUGCAUAGGAAUAUGUCUUUAUGGCUCUACUGCCUCCAAAUAUGUGGACAAUCCCAUAAAAAGGGAAUAAGCUAUACAGAUAUAUUCUAAUUAAAGAUACACUGUAGUCACCAAAACAACUUUAUCUUAAAGUUUUGGUGUGUAGAUCAUGUCCCUGCAGUCUCACUGCUCAAUUCUCGGAGCCACUGGAUGUUUUUAAAAAUAUCUUACUUUUAAAAUAUAUUUCACAGCAAAAUGAAAAACUGAUUCUAUAGAAAAAAAUAUCUAUAUAUUUUCUUCCUCCUUGUGGCAUAUGGUUGAUAUUUUCUGUAGUCCGUUUAAUUCCAGUUGUUACAGUUGUGGUCGGGGCACUCGGGGCAGUGACCCCCAAGUUGGGGGAGAGGCUUCAACAGAUUCCAGCUGGGACAUUUGAGAUCGCUCUCUAAAAAAGUGCAGUUUUAGGAACAGCUAAGAUACUGCACAAUAAGGAAUAAGCUGGUAGAAUAAUAUACCACCCAGGAUGGGUGAGAAAACAUAUAUAUAUAUAUAUAUAUAUAUAUAUAUAUAUAUAUUGAAGCAGAUGGCUUUAAAUUCAGAUUUGUGGUUUGAAAUAUUUUUAUGACAAGAUUUUCUUCAGGAUAAAUGUUAUAACUUAAAUAAAACACACGAGGAGCUAGAUAGUGUGGCGGUGGGGUCCCAGUCUCAGUGAUAAAUAACAGCCUGGUGAUGCUUUUACAGCUGUGUUGGCAUUCUGCUUCCCUGAUCGAUACUUGUAACGGCACCCCCAGGCAUAAAAGCGGUUAAAACCCGUCUAGUAGAUAUUCCCUUCCAGAUACACAGGCAGCUACUGAAGACACUAAUCUCCCGAACAGGAAAACGUACGAAUUGUCCAAACAGCCAAACUGGAUCCAUACGAAUGCUUCAAACAGCCGAAUAGGAAAAACCAUACGAAUAGGUUUACACUCCUAGCAGCUGAACUGGAAACAGCAUACAAUAAAUCCCCCCAAGGAUGAGACGAGGCUCCGUGUUGAGGGUCAAGCAGUGGUCUGGUUUAAUGGGGCUACCUGUCCGUUAUUUAUGCAGGUCUUCCACCAGGUCCCUAUGGGACCUGGUGGAAGACUGGGACACAAAUUGCACAGUGACCAAUCACAGACAUACAUAGUGAAAACACUGCCAUAGUACAUUAAAAUCCCUCCUCUCUAUCUUGGAGAUAAUUGGGAAGUAAUCAAAUUAUCUCCAAUGACAGAGGCAAAACUCCAUUACACACAUGGUAAUAAAAACACAUAAAAAUAUAUCAUGUGAAAACUACUAAAUGAAAUAGGCAUGUUCAACAUAUCCCCAGAUAGCUUAGAUCUGAGCGCACAUUAUUACCAAAUGGCGCUCAUAAUCUCAUAAUCAAUUGACAUGGAGCCAAAGUCUUUCACAGUCUUUUGUUGUACGAAUAGGCUCAAUGGCAUAGCUAUCUGGGGUAACACUGUUCACAUGGAGAAAGUACCGAAUGGACCGGCGUUCGGAUAAAUGACUGAAGGCAGGAGAAGGGAGGUCGGCGGCUCAGCGGUGUUCAUGAGUUUAACUGUCCGUUUUGAGUUCCACAGUUUUGGAGCUCAACAUCGCUGGCCGUUCGGGAGUUUAAGAUGGCCGCUGCCAUGUGUUCGGCCACCCAGCAUUCAGCAAUUAAGCUGCGGUUAACUGCAGCUUCUGGGAGGUAAACUAUGGGAACACUCCUCACCAAGGUGGUCCGGUCAUUCGUGUGUUGGUUUGGUAGAUUCAAUCUACCGAACGCCCAGGCAGAAAGGCAUGAACAAGCCUUUCUUCCGGGGAAAAUAAAAGCUUUUAACAUGGGUCCAUAGUCCAGCGGCAGCAGGCGAGCAACCAGGCUUCUCUCGUGCCCAGUGGCGAGGUUGGUUUCACCACAAUACUGUAUUGUGAAAUUAUAAGGCUGCAUUGCCAAGCUCUAUCGCCAGCUACCCUGUGUUACGAACGCUGAUAUAUUACAUACCCUGUUCGCCUAUUCCUCCCGAACCUGAGUAAUUAAAGCUGCACUUCGGGUGUGGAUACUAAUAGUUCCAGAUGAAUGCAGCAUCCAAGUAGUUUCUCCCCAGCAAGUAGACAGUUACCCAAACAUAAGCCUAGACUUCAUGAAGGGUACAACAGGAAUGGAAUUUUAAUGGUGCCACACUGGCUUUUAUGCAAGUCCCCAUGCAAGGGGCACUCCCACAUGGACCUUAGGGAGAACAGGGACACAAGGUUUACAGCCAAUGGCAAUACAGUGACAAAGUGUGACACUCCCAAUACAAACAGAUAAUUUCCUCCCCUCUGCCUGUGAGAUAAUUGAGUCAGCUAUAUUAAUAACUUCAUUAUCUCCAGGCAGUAAAAAUAUAUUUUCCCCCAAACUUGGAAAGUACCCAAAAACACGUGACAUCCCCAUAAAUGUCAUAAUCCCUGAUAGCCCUGAUGGGUGGCCAACAUAUCUUAAAAUCACCCAGAUCAGUUCAGGGGUUUUAAAAUUUUAUGGAACUCCCAUUUGUACCAACCGCACACAAGGCUCCUGCCCAGAAACAAUUCCAUGAAUUUGGGCUGUGCGGUCCGUCUAUUUUGAAAAGUCACAAAAACGCAAUAAUGCACAAACGGAUCCACCUGGCUCAUAGUAGCGAUUGUUCCCCUUGUUCGUGGGAACCAAACUACCAAACAGUGCUCUCCUAGCUGUUCGGUAAAAGAAAACAGGCGUUCAUAUAGUUUGACCAGUGUUCGAGAAGUCGAGUGUCCGAUUUUAGUUCCAGACACUCGAUGACCAAGCCCCACUGCCUCCUUUUAUGCAAACAAGGAGAGAGCGCUUAAUCUCCUUUGUAGAUAAUGAGCCAGGGGGGUUGUCAGUGUUCGGUAGUUACAGCUACCAAACCAAUAAAAUAUAAAAAAGUUCAGAAUGGCAUGUUAUUUUCUUCACACCCUGUUAAGCCCAUACAAGUAUGGCUGCAGUUUCUUUAGUGUCCACGCAAGGGCUAGGCACUCCUUCUCCACAGUGGCAUUACGGACUUCCCAGGGUAACAACUUUCUGCUGAGAUUUACACUGGGUGUUCACCCACCUGGCUUAACACGGCUCCCAGUACAAACAUUAAGGCAUCUGUAUGAACGAGAAAUCUUUUAGUGUGGCCUGGUGCAGCUAAUACAGGUGCCUCUCUCAGGGCCGGUUGUCUCCACUCCCUGUAAGAUGCCCUGCCGCUGGGGAGAGAGACCAGUUGUCUCCUCUCCCUGUAGGAUGCACUGCCGCUGGGAGAGAGACCGGUUGUCUCCUCUCCCUGUAACUCCAGCUGCAGCUGGGGAUCUGGGCCAGCUGCCCAGCAUCACUGUAGAGAGACCUGGGUCGCAUCUCCACCUGCCAUUUGUGGGUCCUCCUACGUCCUCCCAGUUGUCUCUUCUCCCAAUAACAUAUUCGGCCGCUGGGGAAGGAGACCGAUUGUCUCCUCUCCCGGAAAGAUAGACCGCCUCUGGGGAGUAGGAGCAACUGUCCCUGCUCCCAGUAACUCUGGCUUUGGUUGGGGGUCUGGGCCAGCUGCCCAGUAUCCUUGUAGGGUCUGUGGAGAGACCACAGUCCCAUCUCCACCUACCAUCUGGGGGACUUUCCAGACAUCAGUCCUCCAAGCUGAAGGGCUCUAGGCCUGCAUCUGCCACCUUGCUCUCCUGCGGUACCUCUAGGGUAUGUUGGGACUGACUGAGCAGAUACUCGUAAUCUUGCUCCAAAUCCCAUUCCCGGGUGACCAGAUGGAUCAGGUCUGGUUCAAGGUCGGUCGCUUUAGGGAGAUCCAGCAUGGCUUCACGAUAGUCAUGGAUGUCCCAAAAGUGGGACUCUGUAGAACUACCGAAGUCUGGGUCGGCAAAUAGGGGCCAUCAUAAUCCUUGCCUUCAGGGACUUCGUAAUUGGCCAUCUCGGGAACACACUGGAGCGCGUACCACCGUAGUGCCUGGUAUGUGUCGUCGAGGUACAGUUCCGUACACACUAGUGUCUUCACCCACUCCCCCCGGGGUUGCUUACUAAGAAGAGGCAUCCUCAUUGCCAUAUGGGCCUGUACUCGCUGCCUACUGCUGGGAAGAUGUUCAUCUCGCCAACGCUGUUCACUCUCUAAGGCUUCAUUCCAAAGCUCCUUUCCUCUCUGUAGUUAACCAUGGCCGCCUCUGAUUCCGGCCCAUCUUGUCUGUCCAAGAGGUUCUGCACCCUCCAGUAAAACUCCUCCUCCAAUUCGAGCGCUGUCCAGGGAUUAGCUGACUCCAUAUCGCUGUAGAUAAGGAUGCUGCUACGAUUCCGGUCUCUCCAGGAUGCUGUUCCUCUCACUAGGAAGCCAUCCCACUGUUGCCACUAAAUGCGAUGGACCCUCAGUCAAUCAAUGCUCCUAGUGCUUACCAAGGACCAUCAGCACCACACCAGACAACAUAAGCACUGCAGACCCCACAAACCGCCGCAGCUUGGUUGGGGUCUUGCUGUUUCCAGUAUUCAUGAGUUUCCUGUUCGGGAGUUGGAGAAUUCGUGUAGUUUGCAGUUCGGGAGAUUGGUGAUUGCAGUAGCUGUCUGUGCAUCUGAAAGGGGAAUAUCGCCUAAACGGUUUUUAACCUCUUAUGUGCAAAACGGUCCGUUACAUCUCCAAAAUCCAGUGGCGAAGUGGAUUUUGUCACACACCUUUCCUUUCAGGAGGAGACUAACCAGGUUCCUGACCUUCUGUCGGUCGGUGCCCGAGUUAGUCGAGCAACCCACCCACAACAAGCAAGUACUGGACCUGUUUAUUGCCUGUAGCCCACCUCUGUUCUGUAUGUCCCCAGCGAUCAAGGGGUCAUCUGUUCCUUCUGGUCUCCCUUGCACUCCCAGACAUUGAGCUGUAGGUACUUGAUAAGCACUAGUAGCAUCGAUUGACGGAGGGUCCUUCACACAGACAAUGCAUCCCUACACACAAAGACACACACAUGCACAUGAAAAAACAAUGCAUCCCUACUCACACACAGACACACAGAAACACCCAAUGCAUCCCUACACAGUCACAAAGUAAUACCCAAUCCAUCCCUACACAGUCACAAACACACAGAAACACACAAUGUAUCCCCCCCACACACACAACACAUCCAUUUCACACACCCAAUGGAUGCCUUACACAGACAAACACAAUGCAUCCUUUGCAUUUAUACACAGAAACACACAAUGCAUCUCUUACACACAGAUACACAAAAUGCUAAUUCUCAUCUCAAUUCCCUGUAAUUCUAAUGAUAAGUAGGCAGAGAUUAAAUAUGUGGGAUGGAGAUAGUGGGCAGAGCUUUGAGGCAGUGGGUGUGGUAAAUUUUCAACUACAUAAUUGAUAGCUGUGCUGCAAAGUGUCUCUGGAUUUUUUUUUUUCAAAUGUUGGCAACUAUGUUUAUCAGUGCCCCACCACAGACCUGCACCAGAACUACAUGAUAAGGGAUGAUUGCCCCCUUUCCUGCCCAGUAGGUAAGCAGGAGGGGGUACUGUAGAGGACCGCGAGAAACCCAACUGGUUACCUCCACUAAUUCCUUCUUUCAGCCAGACUUAAUGGAACCAUUAAAGCAUACUGGACCCUGCUAUCAUAUUUUAUACCAGCUCUGGGCUGUCCAUAUCCCAUUUUCCCCCUCUUCUACAAUAACUGUGCAAGAUAUACUCCCCUGGCUUUGCAACCAGUGGCAUACAUACCGGGGUUGUGACUGCGACCGGGCCUGACCCAGCAGUGGGCCUGGCCGCCCUGUGACCUGGUAUGUACCCACUGUGGCUAGCCCUGGUACCACAUGACGUCAUCUUCCGGCUCCGGCAUCAGUACGCGGCGUGCACCCGCCAGCCAGACAGCCUGCCCAGCAACACCACUGGACCCCAGGAAACCCCUCAGCAAGGUAGGGAGGCUGGGGGAUGAUUUAAAAAAAACAAACAAAAAAAAGUGUGUGUUAGUGUUAGUGCGUGUGUGUUCGUUAGUGUGUGUGUUAGUGUUAGAGUGUGUGUGUCUGUUAGUGUUAGUUUUUGUGUGUGUGUUAGUGUGUGUUACUGUGUGUGUGUUACUGAGUGUGUGCGUCUGUUAGUGAGUCUGUUUGGUAUCUGUUAGUGAGUGUGUAUGUCUGUCAGUGAGUGUGUGUGUCUGUCAAUAAAUAUGUGUGUCUGUUAGCUAGUGUGUAUGCGUCUGUUCGUGAGAGUGUGUGUGUCUGUUAGCUAGUGUGUAUGCGUCUGUUCGUGAGAGUGUGUGUGUCUGUUAGCUAGUGUGUAUGCUUCUGUUCGUGAGAGUGUGUGUGUCUUCACCAAUUACCUUUCUCCAGCGCCGGACUCCCUUGACACUGGGGAUCCCUGUGCCCCAAUCCGCCUCUCAGCUCCGAAUGUGCAUGCGCAGCAAAACAUUUUCCUGCCCAAAACAGUUCCAUAGAUUUGGGCUGUGCAGUCGGUCUAUUUUACACAGAAAAAUGACUAAGUCCCAUUCGAAUGCACUGUGACAGAUCCAUCUGUAUAGACUGGGAUUGCUGGUUCGUCUGUUUUGCCUCUUUUCGUGGAAUUACCUGUCCAUAUGCCCGUUUGUUUAUUUGACUUUUCUACCGAACAAAACUACCGAACGGACGGCCACCCAGAAGAGAAGUGUGCUGCUGGUUAACCUCUUGAUCCCAAUUAGAAUGUUAUGGUUAACCGCAGACACCUUUCAAUUAAAACCGAAUACUGGGUGGUCGUCGUUCGUAUGUCGACCACGAGGCGGCAGCCAUUUUAAAACAGGCGAAAGACCAGCAGUGUUUGGCACAGAUUCUAUGGAACUGAAAACGGACAUUUUCCGCCGAACACCGCUAAAGCCACCGACCUCCCUUCUCGAUCGACCAAAGCAUACGAACACCGGCCGUUUGGGAGUUUGAACCGCACGAAUGGACUUAACCCAGAUAGCCUUCCCAUGGAGUCAAUCGCAUACCGAAAGACUGUAAUAGACUUUGACUCCAUGGCGAUUGAACUGUGCGUAUGGGAUCUGAGCGUUAUUUGCCAAUAAUAUGCACUCAGAUCCAGGCUAUCUGGGGAUAUGUUACACGAAUGAGAAAUGUUCGGCAAUUGUAAAGUUAUAUAUUUUUAUGUGUUUUUUGGGUUGUAUCUAAAAUGGCGAUUUGCCUCUGUCCUGGGAGAUAAUUGAAUUACUUCUCAAUUAUCUACAGGGCAGAGGGGAGGAAACCAUGAUGCAUGCUGGGAAUAUUAUGUGCCUGUGUGUCCUGAAAUACUGUAUGUCCAUCUGCCAUUACAGUCUCCCCUAGGGGAGUGUCCACCAAGUGGGAGACCUGCAUAAAUACGGGCGGGUAGCCCAGAGUAAACCCAGUUCAUGUUUUACCCUCAAUGCGGAGCUUGGUCUCGUUAUUGGAGGGGAAUUUACUACACGAAUGGCGACUGCCGGAUGGAAGUAUUAGCCGCUUGGGAGAUAUGAGUUCGGCUAUUAGCAGCGAUUCGUGAAUUUGCUGAUCGGGAAGGGAAGUACCAGUACGGGUCCCGUUUGGGAGAUUGGAGCAUUCCCCUGCUUGCAAUUUGUAUGAUUGCAGUUGAUACGAAUGAAGCUUGCGAUACGGUGGUUUUGUCUAUUUGAUGCUGAGGGUGCCGUUACAUGCACGAACGGGGCCGUUUGUGCAUUUAGCUUAGUAUAGCAGUGAGUUCAAACUGCCGAACGGGUCUCUGCAGCUGAAAACUGAGUGUAGGAGAAGGUAAGGCUCAGCGGUGUUCGUUGAAAUGUGUAGCCGAUUUAAGUUCCAUGGAUUUGGCUACACAUACCGCUGACCUUGUUCGAAUUAACAAAGAUGGCCGCCGCCACGUGUUCAUUUGUCGAAUGGCGGCCAAUUCGACUACUUCGGCACUUCGGCUGCAUCCGAAGUGCCAAUUUAAAGCUGCAGAACUGCUCCAAAACAAUUUAAAGGGGCAGCAAGUCUUUUAAAAUCCAAUCUGCUAAAAUAGUCUUUAACAGGCAUUAUCUUUCAGGGGCCAUAGUCUUAAAGGGACUGAAUAUGUUACCUAUCAGUCCUCUGUGUUACAUAGAAACAUAGAAUGUGACAGCAGAUAAGAACCAUUCGGCCCAUAUAGUCUGCCCAAUUUUCUAAAUACUUUCAUUAGUCCCUGGCCUUAUCUUAUAGUUAGGAUAGCCUUAUGCCUAUCCCACGCAAGCUUAAACUCCUUUACUGUGUUAACCUCCACCACUUCAGCUGAAAGGCUAUUCCAUGCAUCCACUACCCUCUCAAUAAAGUAAUACUUCCUGAUAUUAUUUUUUAACCUUUGUCCCUCUAAUUUAAGACUAUGUCCUCUUGUUGUUGUAGUUUUUCUUAUUUUAAAUAUAGUCUCCUCCUUUACUGUGUUGAUUCCCUUUAUGUAUUUAAAUGUUUCUAUCAUAUUCCCCCUGUCUCGUCUUUCCUCCAAGCUAUACAUGUUAAGAUCCUUUAACCUUUCCUGGUAAGUUUUAUCCCGCAAUCCAUGAGCCAGUUUAGUAGCCCUUCUCUGAACUCUCUCUAAGGUAUCAAUAUCCUUCUGAAGAUACGGUCUCCAGUACUGCGUACAAUACUCCAAGUGAGGUCUCACCAGUGUUCUGUACAAUGGCAUGAGCACUUCCCUCUUUCUACUGCUAAUACCUCUCCCUAUACAACCAAGCAUUCUGCUAGCAUUUCCCGCUGCUCUAUUGCAUUGUCUGCCUACUUUUAAGUCAUCAGAAAUAAUCACCCCUAAAUCCCUUUCCUCGGAUGUUGAGGUUAAGACUCUAUCAAAUAUUCUGUACUCUGCCCUUGGGUUUUUAUGUCCAAGAUGCAUUAUCUUGCACUUAUCCACAUUAAAUGUCAGUAGCCAUAACUUUGACCAUUUUUCUAGUUUACCUAAAUCAUUUGCCAUUUGGCUUAUCCCUCCUGGAACAUCAACCCUGUUACAUAUGUUAGUAUCAUCAGCAAAAAGACAUACCUUACCAUCAAGACCUUCUGCAAUAUCACUAAUAAAAAUAUUAAAGAGAAUGGGUCCAAGUACAAAUCCCUGAGGUAUCCCACUGGUGACAAGCCCAAGCUUCGAAUAUACUUUGAAUUGACUACAACCCUCUGUUGCCUGUCACUCAGCCACUGCCUUACCCAUUCAACAAUGGAAUCCAAACUUAAAUGUUGCAGUUUAUUGAUAAGCCUUUUAUGAGCAACAGUGUCAAAAGCCUUACUGAAAUCUAGGUAAGCAAUGUCUACUGCACCACCAUGCUCUAUAAUUUUAGUUACCCAAUCCAAAAAAUCUAUAAGAUUAGUUUGGCAUGAUCUCCCUAAAGUAAACCCAUGUUGUCUCUGAUCUUGAAAUCUAUGUGGUUUUAGAUGUUCAACAAUCCUAUUCUUUAACAUGGAUUCCAUCACUUUCCCCACUACUGAAGUAAGGCUUACUGGCCUAUAGUUGCCCGACUCCUCCCUAUUACCUUUCUUGUGAAUGGGCACAACAUUCUCUAACUUCCAAUCUUCUGGGACUACUCCUGUUAACAAUGAUUGGUUAAAUAAAUCUGUUAAUGGUUUUGAUAGUACACCACUAAGCUCUUUUAAUAGCUUUGGGUGUAUUCCAUCAGGUCCCAUUGACUUAUUUGUCUUUACUUUUGACAGUUGAAAUAGAACCUCUUCCUCUGUGAACUCAUGUGUAAGUUCACUUAAAAUGACUCCUUUAUCCUUUUUCUUAACUGAGGUCCCUUUCCUUCAUUUUCAUCUGUAAAUACCGAACAAAAAUAUCCAUUGAGGCAGUCAGCUAGACCUUUAUCCUCUUCUACAUACCUUCCUUCUUUGUUUUUAAUCUAACUAACACUUGUUUUACUUUUCUUUUCUCAGUUAUGUAUCUAAAAAAAAAGAUUUGUCCCCUUUUUUACUGACUGUGCUAUUUUCUUUUCUGUGUGUGAUUUGGAAGCUCUUAUAACUUGCUUAGCCUCUUUCUGCCUAAUCUUAUAGAUCAUUCUGUCUUCCUCACUCUGGGUUUUUGUAUAAUUCCUAAAUGCUAACUUUUAGUUUUUUACUAUUUUGGUCACAUCUGCGGAGUACCACAGUGGUUUCUUGAAUUUUUAGCUUUUACUGACAAGCCUAAUGCAAUUUUCUGUUGCCUUCAAUACUGCAACUUUUAAAUAAUCCCAUUUCUCUUAGACUCCAUUUAAAUUGCUCCAGUCUGACAAUGACUCCUUUACACAUAUUCUAAUUUUAGAAAAGUCUGUUUUUCUAAAGUCUAAAUUUUUUUGUUUUUGUUUGGUGUGACACAGUCACUGUUCUUAUAUUAAACCACACUAACUGAUGAUCAUUGGAUCCUAAACUUUCACCUACAGUAAUAUCUGAUACCAAAUCUCAAUUUGUUAACACUAAAUCUAAUAUGGCCUCUUUACGAGUUGGCUUCUCAAUGACUUGUUUUAGAGACAAUCCCAGUAGGGAGUUUAGAAUAUGUCCACAGAAAUAAGAAUUUGUGUGUUUUCAAGGCGCUUUCAGUUAAUAAUUGAAUAGAAUGACAGCAGCUACCACACAAAUAGGGACUCUCUACCCUAUAGAUUAGUACAAAAAAGAUUAGGUGUACACUCAGUAUUGGAAAUUAAUGAUAAAAACCACCACUGGUGUGCAUAUGGAGCACUUACAAAUUUGUUGACUCACCCAUAUGGGUUAACAUACAUAUGUAUGGAAAACGUGACUCAUAGCGAUAUAUCUGAAACAAAUGUAAAUGCAAGAAAUAGUGCAGAUAACGUUUUCAAUAAGUGCAGUGAGGGAAUAUUCUAUAUGGUCUCACUCACAUGUAGCAGAGCCCUAUAGGAUAGGCUCAGAUCUCAAUGGCCUGCGUGUGCUUAUGGUGACACAGUACCCAAUCGGUCCUCUAGGCGUCUGGAGAUCCUUAUGCAUACAUGAGAGAGAGAGAGAAACAAGGGGAAGAGGAGAACCCCUAGUGCGGUCAAUCCCAAUGUACAAUGUCAAAUAGUGCAGAAAAAGUGGCUUCUCACCUGAUGUGGAGCCCUAUACCUGGCUCCUGGUGUGUAGGUGGCUGUGCCUUUAAGGGGGCAACUACCCUUCUUUAAGCAGCAACAAUGGAGGGUGGAUUCCAAAUAUAAAACAAAAUUUAUUAAAUAAAGUAGUAAAAACUUACAAAUAAAAUAUGAACAAAAUUGUGAGAAAUUUCCAUAUCGUCCAUUUUGAAGUUGGGCAAAUUUUGAAAUAGAACCUCUUCCUCUGUGAACUCAUGUGUAAGUUCACUUAAAAUGACUCCCAACUUCAAAAUGGACGAUAUGGAACUGUGAGCCCUACAUUGAAAACACGCCCAAUUUGUGAUGCAGCACGUGAUGCUUCGGGUCACAUGACUUGUUCCGAGACCAGAGCAUUCUCAUUACUAACACAGUACAGCUGUUCAUGAAAAAGGACGCCAGCGGAUUGGAGGGAUGGAAGUUUGAAGGACCACACAGGAGGAAGUACAAAGUAUUUAAACAAGUAACAGCAGCAACUAUAUUACCGAUUGAAAAAGCUGUCUGGGUACAGUGAAACAUGUUUCGGCUGGAGGAUUGAAGAUUCCACAUUUUAUAAUUUCUCACAAUUUUGUUCAUAUUUUACUUGUAAGUUUUUACUACUUUAUUUAAUAAAUUUUGUUUUAUAUUUGGAAUCCACCCUCCAUUGUUGCUGCUUAAAGAAGGGUAGUUGCCCCCUUAAAGGCACAGACACCUACACACCAGGAGCCAGGUAUAGGGCUCCACAUCAGGUGAGAAGCCACUUUUUCAGCACUAUUUGACAUUGUACAUUGGGAUUGACCGCACUAGGGGUUCUCCUCUUCCCCUUGUUUUCUCUCUCUCUCUCUCAUGUAUGCAUAAGGAUCUCCAGACGCCUAGAGGACCGAUUGGGUACUGUGUCACCAUAAGCACACGCAGGCCAUUGAGAUCUGAGCCUAUCCUAUAGGGCUCUGCUACAUGUGAGUGAGACCAUAUAGAAUAUUCCCUCACUGCACUUAUUGAAAACGUUAUCUGCACUAUUUCUUGCAUUUACAUUUGUUUCAGAUAUAUCGCUAUGAGUCACGUUUUCCAUACAUAUGUAUGUUAACCCAUAUGGGUGAGUCAACAAAUUUGUAAGCGCUCCAUAUGCACACCAGUGGUGGUUUUUAUCAUUAAUUUCCAAUACUGAGUGUACACCUAACCAGUUUAGAAUAUGUGCUCCUGGCACAAGCAACUAUUUUUGUUUUCCAAUUAACAUGAGGAAGAUUUAAGUCACCCAUGAUGAUAACUUCCCUCUUCAUUGUCAUUUUAGCUAUUUCCUCUAACUCUUCAAUUUGUCCUGGGGGCCUAUAAAUCACACCUACACGAGUUACCUAACCCAAACGGACUCAAUGUUCGCCUCACUAACUUUUAUUAGGCUAGAUUUUAUGCUAUCCAGUUGCCAUUAUUCCCUAAACUGCGAGAACACACUUGCUAGAGGCAUCUUCUGUCCUUGUUUUGGGGGACAGUUGGAUUGAUGUUUUAUCACCCUUUUGCCCCCCCCUCCUAGUUUAAAUACAUCCUAGCAAAACCUCUGAACUGCUCACUGAGAACAUUUUUUCCCUUUUGGGAAAGAUGCAAACCAUCUUUUUUGUACAGUUUAUUUCCAUUCCAGACAGAGCUACCAUGAGAAAUAAAGCCAAAUCCUUGCUCCCGACACCAUUCACCAAGCCACAAAUUAAAGUCCCUAAUACGCAUCUGUAACGGACCGUUUUGCACACAAGGGGUAAAAACCGUUUAGGCGAUCGGCCCCCUUUCCAGAGAUACAGGCACAGCUACUGCAGAACACCAAACUCCCGAACUGGAUACAAAAUAGCACUCCAACUCCCGAACUGGAACCUCACGAAUAGCUGCUAGCAGACGAACAGGAAAAGCAGACAAUCAGCUUACACUCCUGGCAAUCAAUCUCUAACAGCAUACAGUGAAUCCCCCCAAGAACGAGACAAGGCUCUGUGUUGAGGGUCAAGCAGUGGUCUGAGGUGCUGGGACACCCAGCCUGGUUUUUAUUACAGUCUUGCAAAUACAGGACCGCCCACAGGGAGGUAUAAAAUAUCCAGUAACAUAUUAGUUACAACCCACAGAUUCCCUCCCCCUUUUUACCACAAUGCAUGCUGGCUUCCUCUCCUCUGCCCAGGAGAUAAUUGAGAAGUAAUUAAAUUAUCUCCCAGGACAGAGACAAGACUCCAUUAUGCACAUGGUUAGCACAAAGCAUUAAAAUACUGUACAAUACACAAAGUCCCAUUUUAUACAUAAAACACAGACAUGUCAGAGACAAUACUCCAUUACAAAACAAGCAUUACUGUUAAAAUAUACCAGGUAAGACACAUUACAUUAAAACUAUACAUUUAACAUAUCCCCAGAUAGCUCAGGUCUGAGCGCACAUUAUUAAGUGAAUGGCGCUCAGACCACACGAAUACAGUUUAAUCGCCAUGGAGCCAAAGUCUUUACAGUCAGUUUCAUACGAAUGGGCUCCAUGGGAUUCCUAUCUGGGGUAAAACACAUUCAAACAAAUCUACCGAACCCCAGGCAGAAAAGCAUGAAUGAAGCUUUUCUGCAGGUAAAAAAGAUGUCUUUUAACAGGGGGCCAUAGUCCAAAGGCAGCAGGCGAGCAACCAGGCUUCUCCAAUGCAAUGUGGCGAGAUUGGUCUCGUCACAGCAUCCGCCUGUCGUUCUGAGUGUUAUGCACAGGCAGAACUUCAGAGAAUGACAGUGUGGAAGCCACCUGCCGUAUAUCAUUGGCAAAAACACUAAAAACUUCCUUAACCUCUGAAACCAAGCCAAGUCAUUUGUCCCUAGAUGGACAAGUACAUCCAAUUCCCCUUCCUGCUUUGCUCGCUUAACAAUAUUACAGAUACGUCUCCUGUCUCUGUGAGCAGUAGCUCCGGGAAGAAACCUCACAAGACCACCAUUGUCCAUCUCCACACCUCUUAUGAUGGAAUUCCCCAACAACAACUGCUUUCUAUUAGGCCUCACCAUAGUCUCGAAGCCUGUCUCCACAACACCACUACCCUCAGUGCCUGAGCCUGUCUCCACAACACCACUAUCCUCAUUGCCUGAGCCUGUCUCCACAACACCACUAUCCUCAGUGCCUCUCUCCACAACACCACUACCCUCAGUGCCUGUCUCCAUAACACCAUUACACUCGUAACAUGCAGAAAAUGAAUUAUGUAGAGCAACAGACUGUGCAAUAUGCCUUUUAUCCACAACUCUAAGUCUACCAGAUCCUACAGUAAUCCAUCUGCCAUUCCUAGUAUGUCUUUACGGCAGUGGCUUUGCAGCAGUUCCAGCCUGAGUUUGUUUACCAGAUAAUUUACAAAUCUCAGACUUCAAAAAUACAAUCUCCUGCCGCAAGAUAGAGAACUGUCUACAGAUUAGACAACAACCAAACCUCCAAAAAGUGGAACGUGAAACAAAUGCAUAGCAACUAUUACACUGAACUAAGUCUGCCAUUCCAAUGAGGUGAAUAAUUUAAAUCAAACAAAUCUUAAUUUUUUUUUUAUUUAUCCUCUUGAAUACCUCAGAUUACCUCCAGGUUAUCUCCAGAAUAUCUCCAACCACACGCUUAGAAGCAUCACUUAGAUGAAGCAACCAAGCUAUAUUAGCCAAGCUAAUGACAACAACCCUAAUAUAGCUCCUAAAAUCACCACCCACUAGGAAUGUUUAACACCUGGGUAGGCCUCUGUUUAUUUGCAAAUAAUAGCUAAUUAUACAGCAAUCAAUAGCAAGUAGCUAACUAAUCAAAUCAAAUACCUUACCAAUUACCAACAGGAAUUCAAACCUUGUGCAAUCAGUAACCUUUUCCUACAGAUUAAUCUUACCUGUAACAGUAAAAAAGAAAGCUCUUAGCACAACUCUUAGACAGUUGAAGCUUCUGUAAAACACUCCAGAAUAUCUCCAACUACACACUUAGAAGCAGCACUUAGAUGAAGCAACCAAGUUACACAAUUCUACGUGCUGGAUCAUUCUGUAAUCCUGACAUUACGACAAGGCCAUAGAUCCCGUAGAAUUGUAUAAGCACAUAGCUGCUGGUGAAAGGAAACUGGAGGAAAAUGAUCACCGCAUGGAUGAAUUUGCCCAGGCCCUCAGUACGCUUCUUACUCAAACAGCGCAUCUGCAACCUGCGGCCUCACCUCCACCUAUAGUACACCAGGCACCUACUAUCUCCCUAUCUCUUCCCCUGCAUUUUGAUGGUAAUAUUCAAGAAUGCAGGGGAUUCCUUAACCAAAUGGAGUAUCAUUUUGAGGCCUCACCAGGAUCUUUUCCCACAGACAGAGCUAAAAUUGGUUACCUAAUGAAUCAGUUAAAAGGUAAAGCUUUAGCUUGGGCCAAUCCAUUAUGGGAGAGUAAUAGGAGUGUGGCGCACAAUUACCAGGAGUUUCUUAUGGAAUUUAAACUUACGUUUGAACCUUUAGGCAGGGAGGACAACGCUUCCACUGCUCUGAUGCACAUCAGACAAGGGAACCAGUCUUUCUCGGAUUAUGCCAUAGAAUUUUGUACCCUGGCCUCUGAGGUAAACUGGACUAGCAGUGGGCUAAUCUCUGCAUUUAAAAAUGGACUAUCUGACACUAUGCUAGAUGAGAUUGCCGCUAAAGAUCUACCCUAGAAACUUAACGAGUUCAUCACAUUUGUUAUGCAAAUUGAUAAUAGAUGAAGAACCAGAGAGAAUACUAGAAAUAAGACCAGAUGUUUGACUAUGUCCUUAACACCCCAUCUCUUCGAACCUGUUGUUCCUGACCUUCCUAUACAGUCCAAACCUGAACUCAGUGCAGUUGGGGGUCACUAGACUGUCAGAGGCCGAGAAACAAUAUGGGAGAAAUGAAGGUUUAUGUUAAUACUGCGGUAGUAAUGGACAUAUGAGAGACAAUUGUCCCAUUUGUCCGAAGAAACUACCCCACCUAAGUGCCUUAAGGAGACAGGUCUCAGGUUUAAUGGAGACGUCCUCUGAAAAGAAUAAAUAUAGACUUCUCGUUGAUAUUUCGAUUAUUCUUGACAAAAAUAACUUUUCAUGCAAAGCCCUGAUGGACUCAGGGGCUGCUGGAAAUUUCAUUGAUGUCCAAUUUGUCAAUUUGUCAAGGAUAAUACUAUCCCUAUCAAGGAGAGACUAUCACCCCUAACCGUUGAAGCUAUUGAUGGGAGACCACUCUCACAACCAUUGAUAACGCAUGAAACCUUACCCAUAAAUAUUUCCAUUGGUGCCUUACAUAAUAGAUUAUAUUUCAGGUGAUUGCAUCUCCUUCUUGUCCUAUUAUAUUAGGAUUCCCAUGGCCUAGCAAGCAUAACCCUAACAUUGACUGGGCUAAUGGGGAAAUAUUAGAAUGGGGUAAGGAUUGUAAUGAAAGGUGCAUAUUGCAUGUCACCAAAAGAGUGGGCACUAUUGAAUUACCCACUAGUACACCUCAAAAUCCUGAGAUUCCUAUACAGUACCAUGACAUUAAAGAAGUAUUCAGCAAGACUCAGUCUAAUACUCUACCUCCUCAUAGACCAUAUAACUGUUCCAUUAACUUACUACCCGGCUCUAUGCCAUCUAAAGGAGCAGUCUAUGCUCUAUCUCCUCAGGAGAGUAGUGUAAUGGAGCAAUAUAUUAAGGAUUCAAUGAAUAAAGGCCAUAUACGAAAAUCAUCCUCGCCUGCUGUUGCAGGAUUUUGUUUUGUAUCUAAAAAGGAUGGUGAGUUGCGCCCAUGUAUCGAAUACAGGGCAUUGAACAAAAUCACCAUUAAGAAUGCCAACCCCAUUCCUCUUAUUGCUGAAUUAUUUGACAGACUCCAGGGCGCUAAAGUGUUUACUAAGCUUGACCUUAGAAGCGCUUACAAUUUAGUGAGAAUCAAGGAAAACCAUGAGUGGAAGACUGCAUUUAAUACCAGAAGUGGACACUAUGAAUAUCUAGUGAUGCCAUUCGGGUUGUGCAAUGCUCCACCGGUUUUCCAAGAUUUCAUUAACGAUGUACUCAGGGAUUACAUUUACUAGUUUGUCUUGGUCUAUCUGGAUGAUAUCCUUAUAUAUUCUCCUGACCUCCAGUCUCACCAUGAUCACGUUAAACAAGUUCUGCAAACCUUGUUAAAAAAACAACUUUAUUGUAAAUUGGAAAAAUGUAUCUUUGACCAGUCUGAAGUACAAUUUUUAGUAUAUAAUAUUUCUGCCUCUGGGUUUUAGAUUGGUCCUAAAAAACUAGAGUCUGUUCUACAGUGGCCUUUACCAACUGGUUUGAAAGCCAUUCAAAGGUUCAUUGGUUUCGUCAAUUAUUACAGAAGAUUUAAAAAGGGAUUUUCUUCGGUAAUAGCCCCCAUCACCAAUGUAACACGCAAGGGGGCUAGUAGUACGAUAUGGUCUAAGGAUGCUAUUGAAGCCUUUGAAACUCUUAAACAGCGGUUUGCCUCCGCCGACAUAUUGGUACAUCCUGACACCAGUAAGCCUUUCACACUGGAGGUUGAUGCUUCAGAGACAGGGGUAGGGGCAGUUCUCUCCCAGAGGGAGAGCCAGGAAACUCUGUUACAUCCUUUUGGUUACUUUUCUAGAAAGUUGUCUCCUGCUGAGUGCAAUUAUGAUAUUGGCAAAAGAGAAUUGUUGGCCAUAAUUCUAGCUCUCAAUGAGAGGUGACAUGUUUCAGAGAGUUCCAAGGACCCCCUUUUGAUCAUUACUGAUUACAAAAACCUGGCCAUUAUCUUCUAGACAAGCUAGGUGGUCUAUAUUUCUUUCUUGCUUUAAUUUUCUUAUCACUUACAGACCUAGUUCUAAAAAUGUCAAGGCCGACGCCUUGUCCAGGCAGUUUGAUACUGAGGCUAUGCUAGAGCAAGAAACAUCCCAUAUCAUUCCCCUGGAAUGUAUCAUUGCGUCCACUGUCCUUUCAUUGUCCUCUCCACUGCUUGGCUCCAUCAUUGUAAACCUCAGGACAAACUGUUCAUUCCAUUGGGGGAGAAGGUUAAUAUCAUGAAGGUGUUUCACGACAAUGUGUCUGCUGGUCACCUAGGUAUUAAUAAAUCCACUUCUGCUAUCAUGAGGUCAUUCUGGUGGGAUUCCCUCAGGUGGGAUGUUAAGGAAUAUGUGCAGGCUUGUUCUGUUUGUGCGGUUUCCAAAGUGCUUCAUAAACUCCCUUGUGGCUUGUUACAACCUCUUCCUAUUCCUGAGGUCCCAUGGUCCCACUUGUCCAUGGACUUCAUUGUUGAACUUCCUAGUUCUAACAGUUAUACCACCAUUCUCAUGGUUGUGGACCAUUUUUCUAAAAUGGCUCAUUUUAUUCCUCUCAAGAAAUUGUCGUCAUCUCAAGACCUGGUACUAAUCUUUAUACGAGAAAUUGUCCGUCUGCAUGGCAUUCCUCACAAUAUAGUAUCUGACAGAGGUUCUCAGUUUGUGUCUCGGUUUUGGAGGGCCUUCAAUAAACAAUUAGGGAUUGAAUUGUCUUUUUCGUCCUCUAACCACCCCCAGACCAAUGGUACAGCUGAAAGGGCUUACCAGUCCUUGGAAUUAUAUUUCGGUACAGACGGUAGUCUGUACGUGGAUAGAAUUUUGAGACCCUUGGUAGAGACCUUGCCAUCAUACAUAAGGGACACUAAGCAAGCUUUGAAUCUACUCUCUAACCUUAAGUUAUCUCCAAGUGCAAACCUCUGUAGUUUGGACGUUGAAUCACUCUAUUCAUCCAUCCCUCACAAUAGGGGUUUGGAACAUGUAAGAUUCUUUCUAAACCAAAGGAUGUGUAGAGAUUAUCUUCAUGCAGAUUUUGUGGUACGCCUUUUAGAAUUUAUCCUAUCACAUAACUAUUUUUUGUUCAACACCAAGUUUUAUCACCAGGUGAGGGGUACUGCAAUGGGGACAGCUUGUGCCCCCUCAUAUGCAAACCUUCACCUGGGGUGGUGGGAAAAAUACAUCUUUUCCUCAGAGACCUUGAGAGACUACUUCCCUAAGAUUCUAUGGUGGGGACGCUAUAUCGAUGAUAUUUUAUUGGUAUGGCAGGGGUCCACACAGGAAUUUGCAGCCUUAGUGGAAUGUCUAAACCAGAAUAAUGAGAAUCUCAGAUUCACUUCGGAAUUUGGUGGACGCUCAAUUAAUUUUUUAGAUAUUACGAUUUCCAUCAAUGAGGAUGGGACAUCCACUUUAUAUAGAAAACCAACCGCUACAAGCUCCCUGCUCCAUUGGAAGAGUUACCAUCCAAGGCCCCUUAAGGCGGGAAUCCCGGUUGGCCAAUAUCUUCGCCUCCGGAGAAAUUGUAGCGAUGUAUUGGAUUUCAAAAUAAAGGCAAAUCAACUUCGUUUACAUUUCAAGGAGAAAGGCUACCCAAAUCGCUGUCUCAAAAAAGCUUGAAAUUGAUAGAAAAGAUCUUCUUAGUGAUCAUCCCAGGAAUAAAAUCCUGAAAAACACAGGCGACAUUCGUAUGAUUGCCACAUACGAUACGGGAUGGUCCGAAGUAAAAAAUUGUUUGAAUAGAUUCUGGCCGAUUCUCUUGAAUGACUCACAUUUGAAGGAAAUUUUAGGUCCUUGUAUUAAUAUCACAGCCAGAAGAGGCCGCAAUAUUCGUGACCUACUAGUACCCAGUCAUCUAUCCACUAAACCGCAGCCAAGGGACACAUGGUUGGGUAAUCCUCCAUGUGGUUCCUAUGGCUGCGGUAGAUGUGUAGCGUGCAAAUAUAUCUUGAAGGAAUCUAAGGUAGUCAAUGAUAGUACUGGUAAAGUCUCUAUCAAGAUUAAAAACUUUUUCAAUUGCAACACGAAGGGUCUGGUGUAUCUCCUGUCCUGUUCAUGUGGACAAAAAUAUGUAGGCAAGACCUUUAGAGCGUUUAAAGAAAGGAUCAUGGAACAUGUAAGGUCCCCUAGGAAUCGCCUCGAAACACCAAUUUCAAGACAUCUUAGAGAAUGUCAUGGGAGUGACUCUAGUAAUCUGAAAUUUUGUGGUCUUGAAUGGGUUAAGAGACAUCCGUGGCGAGGGAACUACGAUUGCUUAUUGAGACGGAGAGAGUCUAGGUGGAUCUAUAGACUUAAGACACUACAACCCUUGGGUUUAAAUGAGGGCUUCUCUUUUGCUCCAUUUAUUUGAUCCUUUAUUAUUCUCUGGAGAUAUAGGCACGUCUCUAUAUAUAUAUGCAUGCUUUACAUAUUGUAUCGGGAGUAUAGCAUUCUAUUGAAUUAUUGACCCAUAAGGACUUAUCUCAUUUGUACUGACUGAUUCUGUCUGGGAGUUGAUUCUAAGACUCUGCUCAGUUCUCUGGGUAUUAUCACUAUUUGGACCUGCCAUUUUAGGGUUUAUCUACUUAUAUAUGCUUUUUGAAUUAUAUAAAUGCUUUUCUUAUUUCUUUAUUAUUGUUUGGUUUUUUUCAACUGAUCCCUCUUUUCCUUUUUCCCUUCAUAAUCUCAUUUCUUUUGCUUGUAUCAUCAUAUAUAUGCAUUAUAUUCCUAUUCUGUCUUUUGACUAUGGGAACACUACACCUUAUUAUCCUCUAUUUACUUACUUUCUUAUAUGGUGUUAUCCCAUUUCUUACUAUAAGGAAUUUAUAUGUUUGAAAGGUAACAUAGUGUGAUACAUUUGUAUCCUGCUGUGUGAGGGCUUUAACUGUACACAUGCGCGAUUUUUGGCUAAAUGCCAACUUUUGCGAAUGGGAAAUAACAUACACACAGUGUAUUAUCUUGGUUGCUUGUUGCCAACAUUGGGGGUUUUCUCUGAUGCCGGUAUAAUAUGUGCUUCAUUCUUCUCCGGCUGUAUGCCGGGACCUGACGCAUGCGCAUUUUUCACCCUGAUUUACAUACAUGAAUAUGAGACCUCCCACCGGCAAACUAUGUAGGCGUAACAAAACUGGAGCUCAGCCUACUGGUGACGAGUCUCCUUUUUUGGCGCCAAUUACAAACGCAAAUGUGUAUAUAAGGGAGGGGAGGAAGGGGGAUCGUUUGCACACUACUACACCCUCGACAAAGGCGGACAUUACCGCCGAAACGCGCGUCGGGUUUCUUUCUUUCUGUGUGUGUGUGUAGGGGGGAGAAGAUAUGGGCAAUCUACUUUGCACUCUUUUUAUGAUUAUUUUUUGAAACUAGCCCAGGUCUUUUGACCUACUGUACUCUCUUUACUACCUCCUUACUUUAUUUUCUACUCUCUUCACUGACAUCUCACUAUCCUUUCUAUUUACCAACUCUGAUACGUUAUAAGGAGCCAUUAUGGCCAAUACUAAUUUAUACUUAUAGUAUAUGAUUAGGACCAUAUAUUUAUAAAUAGUUAUUUAGUGAAGAGUUAACCUUUUGGUUCACUGUGGACUAGCCUGAGGGAACUUGAAUGAACUUUUAGCCUGUCCUUAUUACUUUUUGGACACUGUUGCUAAUUUAUUGUAACCUGAAGUAGAUUUUUCUUACUACUUCUCUAUUGGAAUUUUUGCAACCUAGUGUCAAGUUACACUAUUUAGAUAUAUACAUUUUUCAAAUUGCUUUCUUCCAUGUUCCCUCACUCUUAGUCAAUAACAGUUUGAUGUAUUAUAGAAUUUAUACAUGAGAUUUUAAUGAUCUUUAAUAAAACUUUAUUAUUUUUUGUAAUACAUGGUAGUGGGCAAAUAUAUUGCUCCAGAAGGGGUAUUAGGAUUGAGGGGACUUGUUUCCUGUGCUUCAGGGAUACUGUCUCCUCUCUUUGUUUCUGUGUAUUGGUUAAUAUAAGGGUUAGGCCCUUUUUAGUACCCCAUUAAUCCACUUUCUGUGUAUCCUUUUUGGCUGGAAUUUGUUCAGCUAAAGGUGCAUUUCUUUCUUGGAAUUAUAUUUGCGUUGUUUCAUUAAUAGCACUUAAGACAAUUGGUCCGAAUUACUACCAUAGGCCAAGUUUACUAUGAACAAUGCUGACCAUGACUCCUCUGGACAUAGUCCAUUUUUUGUUAAUAAUGGACGGCAUCCUACCGGCUGUUUUUUCAAUUACGGCUAUUCCUGCUUUGGAUGACCGUCUAGCUUCAAUCUGUGAUACCUGGUGUCACGGCAAGGGUGCAUAAUUUAUUAUAACUCUAUGGCAUAUUAUCCUUUAAUGUAAUUGGUGUAGUAAAUGGCACAAAAUACAGACAUGGUAUUGUUGAGGUCAAAAGGGGUUACAUCUUUUGAAGCUGGGACCCCCACAGAGGUCAGAUGACAGAAGGGGUAGUGUGAAUGGCAUAGCAAUGUGAAAAGGAUUUUACUAUAUGGAUGUGAAGUAAUCAAGGCUCUGCGAGGUGUGAGGUUCUACACUUGGAAAAAGUCUGAAUGUCUCUUCAUCCAUUUGGCAUGUACCUUGUAAAGGAUAGUUCAAUCAUUUGAUAUGGUAAUGGGAUUAGUUUCAUGAAGAUCCUUGUGUUCCAGCAUUUUAUCCAAGAGAAACAUUAAUACUUACCCACAGCUUAAUAAUUAAGCCUCAUUUGUAUUAUAUUUGGAAUGGGAUAAGCCCAAUCUCUUAAUUAAGCCUCAACAUGAGUUGCACAACUUAAACCGUGUGGCAGGAAUUGUGCUGUCUGUCCUAUUGGAUCGUGGGUGGGGCGUGCAACACAUCUAUGGAAUGGGAAAAUAAUAACAAAUUCAUAGAAGCAAUUAUUAUUUCUGUGGAAAGUACAGUAGAGGAGAUAAAACCAAAAGUUUAUAUUUGGCUUGUUGUUUUCUGGAACAAAGGAGGUAGUCACUUAGUAUCUCUAUGGGUACGCCUUAACUCUACCCCUAGGCAAGACUUGAUAAACCACAGGGUAUAUAUCUAAUGAUCCUGAAGGGUGCUGGGGUACUUGCUUGGGGCCAAGAUCUAAUUUUGAGUGAGUCACCAUCUUUCCUUGCCAGAGACCCCCUUGACCGAAGUUGUACUUUGAAAACCUAAGUGAGUAAUUAGGACUUCUGUAUUUUAUCCUUUUUGUUUUUUUCUGUUGUUGGUGUAAAUAAUUUGUUUAUCAUAUAUUGUUAUAUGCAAUAAAUGCAGAGACUAGUUAGUAUUUUUGUAAUUCCUUAAAUAUUGUACUAAGUAAUAUUUGGUGGGUUUUAUAGUUGAUUUAUCUGGGGAACCAAGGCACCCCAUUUAUAAAUUGCCUUGGUGGUGGCAGCGUUGAAAUAGUAAUAGUUAUAUUAUUAUGUUUAAGUGUGGGUGGUGUUAGAAGGGGGAUUUUGUCACUAUUUAGUGUGCUUUAACCCUUUCACCACCACAACUACAUCAUGCGCACUCUUGGAGUAGGGUGCGUUCGUGCCACCUGGGCUAAAGUUCAAUCUGCUCUGGGUACUGCUGCUGACCGUUUCAAGCAUCAUGCUGAUACACGUAGAGGUGCCAACCCUGUAUACCAAGUGGGUGAGAGGGUUUGGUUAUUUUCUCGUAACAUCAGGCUCAAAGUCCCUAGCAUGAAAUUUGCUCCUAGGUUCCUUGGACCUUUUCGUGUCCUUCGUAGGAUCAAUCCUGUUGCGUACUCUCUGGCCCUUCCAGCCUCCUUGAAAAUUCCUAAUACCUUUCAUGUGUCCUUGCUCAAACCUCUUGUUUGCAAUAAAUAUACUGUCUCAAGUGUCCCUCCUCCUCCCUUAGUUGUUUCUGGACAGGAAGAGAAUGAAGUCAUAAUAGAUUCCAGGUUUUCUCGGUGCACUUUACAGUACUUGGUGGAUUGGAAAGGUUAUGAACCAGCCGAUCGUUCUUGGGUUCCGGCAUCUGACUGGUUAUAGCCUAUCAGAACUAGAGGAGGGGUAUUUAGGCCCAGUUCUCAUCCUGUUCAGUGCCCUGUUGUGGUUUCCCUUAUGGUUGUCCAAGAGUGCGUUAUUUAUUCUGGUAAUUCUGGUUAUUUGACUUUGGCAUUGUUUGUGACUUCCCUGUUUUCUGGUAUCCCUGACUCCUGGCUUUUCCUUAUCGUUGUGUCUCUUUCUGUAUCCCUUGACCUUGGCUAUUCCUGACUAUUCUUUGGUACGUUAGUCCGGCCAUUUUAAGGUCCGGUAAACGUUACCUAUCAGUCCUCUGUGUUACACAAUUCUACGUGCUGGAUCAUACUCUAAUCCUGACAUUAUUAUCCACUUAGUCACAAACACUGACCGAAAAGAAGGCAAAAACCCAGUUUGAAGCACUUUCCAAUUUUCCAACAAACUAGGAAAAUAUUCAUUCUUGACCCCAGUCAGAUAUUUCCUUGGAUCAAGAAGCUAUAACCUCACAAAUUAUAAUAUUUUUGCAAGUAUGUACCCAAUUGCUGUUCAAACAUAGAACAGCAUGUUGUUGAGGGUGUUAAGGGUCAAGCAGUGGUCUGUUUAAUGAAGGCUACCUGCCCAGUAUUUAUGCAGGUCUCCCACCUGGUGGACACUCCCCUAGGGGACCAAAUGGGAGACUAUGACAAGGGACAGACAAGCAGACAAAUAGGACACACAGUAUUUCAGGACACACAGGCACAUAAUAUUCCCACAAUGCAUCCUGGCUUCCUCCCCUCUGCCCUAGGAGAUAAUUGAGAAGUAAUUCAAUUAUCUCCCAAGACAAAGGCAAAACUCCAUUAUACACGUGGGGACACAAAACCAGUAUUAUACUUUAAAAUACAUAAAGUAACACUUAUUACAUAAAACACAGACAUGUAACAUAUCCCCAGAUAGCUCAGGUCUGAGUGCACAUUAUUAGGUGAAUGGCACUCAGACCACACGAAUACAGUUUAAUUGCCAUGGAGCCAAAGUCUUUAAUUACACGAAUAGCAUAGCUAUCUGGGUUAAAACAUUCCCCCAACACAAAAUACCGAAUUUCACAUACAUUCAUUAAAUUGGUACAAAUUAGAACCAGGGGCUGGAGGCUCAGCGGUUCUUAGCUGACACAGUGUCCAGAUUUGGCGUAGGAAAGCCGGGCAGAAAAGCGCUGGCUGCCCGGGGAGCUCCAGAACAUCGCCAUCGUGUGGCGGCUAGGUGUAACCGCGACCACCCAGUUACAGUCAAUUAAGCUGCGGUUAAUCGCAGCUACUGGGUGGUCAAUUGCCGGCACAUGCUCGUUAAGCCGCGGUUAACCGCGGCUUCAGGGAGGUAAAUGGAGGGCACACACCAGCUUCUGGGUGGCCAAUUAACGGCGCCGGUCGACUUCCCACGGCUCUGGGGCUCACGGCUCUGGGGAGGCUGAUAGAAGUCUGUUUGUUCGGUAGAUAGAAUCUACCGAACGGCUGUGCAGAAAGGAAGGAAUAAAUCUUUCUGCACAGUAAAAUUAACCGUUUAACUGCCGGUCCAUAAUCCAAAGGCAGCAGGCGGGCAACCAGGCUCCUCCAAUGCAAUGUGGCGAGAUUGGUCUCGUCACAUCGUGUCUAAUAUCUCGGGAUAAAAAACUUGGUAUGCUAAACUUGGCAAAUUACCAGCGAUUCAAUAUAAGAUAAUAAUAAAAUUCCUUAAUUUCACCUGAAAUUCUGAAUUAUAUUAUUCCCUUUAGCUAAUUAUGAUUAAAUUUUAAAAUGUGAUCAGCAUUAUCCAGGUAUAAAUAUAUAUUUUAAAUUGAAAUAAACAGUUAUAUUUAAAAAUCUUGAGAGCGUUCUUGGUGUCCUGGAGAUGUAAUAAUCCAAUGUAUAUAAGAAUGGAUGUGUGAGUGAGAAGUGUUCAAGGAUGUUUGUCAAAGGUUUAGUGAUGGAGAAAUUAGGUGUAAGGAAUUCUGGGAAAAAAAUCCAGAAUUCCAGAAGUGGUCUGGCUAACACAGACAUUUUCCAAAUUGUCUCAAGAAUUUCAUAGGGAAAAAGAUGUGUUUGAUGUAUGUAUUUCCAAAGUGUCCAUAUGUAUCGCUCAAAAAGUUUGUGUUCUUACUUUUAAAAAAAAAAUCUCUUUUCUACCACAUGACUACGGGCACUGGGACAUGACUGGGUUCAAAACCCAACGAGCAACGGGCAGCUAUGGACUGUACUCAUCCCACAAAGAUUUAUCCUUGUUUUGAUAACUCUUUUUGUUGUUCCUAUUGCUAAGACAGGGUUACCAUACCCGGUGCACCCUCCUUGUAUGGGAGCUGGCAUAUGUUGAGUGAUGACCCAUGAGAUAGGAGGGUAGGAAUAGAGCAAGACACCUACUACGACUCCUCCCCCCGCACCUCCCCUCCGCAGUCCCCUUGGUUAGGGGUACUAACAGCCAAAACCGGCCCACACACUUUACGCCACAACAUUACUACUAUCUAGACUCUAAGUAACAGGAGGAAAGGAACUUGUGUGCCAGGAGUUAGAGGUAGUAUUGUUCCUAUGCAAAAUAUCACUAAGAUGAUAUGAAAAAUAAUAUACUUGAACAAUCAAUAUACAGUGCAAUGUCAGACAUUGAGUAUUGUCACAUGGGAUGCACCAAUUGUAGAUACACCUUUAACCCCUUAAGGACACAUGACAUGUGUGACAUGUCAUAAUUCCCUUUUAUUCCAGAAGUUUGGUCCUUAAGGGGUUAAACAAACCUGAAAACAGGACGUGAUGUGGGGCAAAUUUAAAAGGAAGGCUCUCCAGCCAACAUAGUAAUUGCAUUAUGUCACAAACUUAGUGGAUUUAUAAUUGUAUUAAGUAAAGGAACCAUUUAACUUUCAGAUACCCCAAUAAGGCACCCAGUGAUCUGUAAUUAGCAAGCAGCUCCAUGACGAGGCUUCAGACAUUUGUUUAUUCAUGCCCAGUAAAGGGUUAAAGGAAUGGCAUCUGGGAGGUUAAUGUUCUAGUUUGCAGCAAUUUAUUAGAAUUAAUGAGAGAACGGAUAAUCUGACGAAUUGAAGACAUAGGCAGUAUUACUGCGAUAUUAAUUACUGCUGAACUCAGCAUUAAGAGUCUGUGAUUUGGGGUUUGUUUAAUUUAACUCCCUCUGUUAACACCUGGCACCUACGAUAUAAUCAACAGAAUAAAUCUCAACCUCAGUGUAUACAAGCAGGACAUGUGGAAGUGAAACCAUAAAGAGAAAAUAAUAUAAUGAGCAAAAUCAGUAUGUACUUUUGGCAGUAACUUUUCCCCCAGAUCUAAGCUUGCACAGACCAUAUGAAUAAUACCAACAAGUGAGGACAGCUGUAAAAUAACGGAGAGAGAGAAAAAAAAAACAGAAGAAAUUAAUCAGUGUUCAAAUAAACUAAAAAAUAUUGUCUCAUAUAUUCGUGUGUAUAGUUAAGGAAAAAAAUCGGUUGAAUGGCGGGAAUAGCCCGAACGUGACCAAUCUCACUGAAUACCUGGUGGGUUGCGAGCGUCUGUGCGAACAAAUGUUCUUUAACAAAUCUUGUACUGAGCGAUCGACAGGGGUCAGUAUGUAGCAUGCUGUUUAGCCGUAAUUCUAUCUUUGUGAACGUGUGCACGAAAGCCUUACCGUCAGGCUUUGUGUAGUCUAAGCGAAUUCAUUGGCGUACAAGCGGGUUGGCCCCUGUUCGGUAGUUUCAUAUGAAGGCCAUUUAAGGGUAACAUUAAAUUUAGACAUGAGACCUCGUUUGGCAGGAUGCAAAUGAAUGAACCGGUUUAAACGAAUGUACAGAAAGCCAAUGUAUAGGUACAAGUAAAACAAACUGUUUGUAUGUCCUGAAUUUAAGAAGACCGGUGUGUAGUAUAACUUCUGUAAACUGUUAGUAGUUGAGUGUUAUUCUUCGCUCUCCAAUGGAUGUGCCCUUAUAGUAUAGAGAGAGAAGGGAAGGGCCUAUUAGAGAAGGACGGACCACAUAUGCUCAGUUAUUCUAAUUCAAAUGAGUGAAAACUUGGAUUGCGCAUGCACAAUAUAUUUGUAAAAAUAAUUGUGAAUUGAAUAAGAAAACUAUGCAAAGGUUCAUGGGAAAUAUAAGACAUUUCCUGGAAGAUAUCUCACUACUUCCACUUCAAAGCUGAACAUAAUAUAUUGAGCUAUGGUGAAAAUACUUAUUUUUCCCCCCCAUACACUAUGCUUCUUGCAUGAUUUUAUUAAUUUUUAAUUUUUUUUUUGCACAACCAGAUGUUUUCUUUGGUUAUUUUACAAUCAAGAAACCACUAUAUUUUUUCACUAUCAUCCAGCAUUUAAAUACAUCUGAUAAGAGUUAUAUGACUUGAGCAGAAAAAUUAUGUGACAAAAGCUAUACAUAACAUUAUUUAUAUAUAAGCAAAAUAACAAACUGUUUAAUAAACCAUUAGUGAUAAAUGGCACAAUAUCCACAUUUGGUUGGCAAUUGUUGAGCGGCAAAUAGCCCGAACGCGGCUAUUUGCUGAUUAGCUGGCGCUCGUAUGUUUCGUCACCCAAAAGGAGGGGCAGGGGAACGGAGAGGACGCUGGACCAGAAGAGUGGGGACCGGAAGAGCGAGGACCGGAAGUUCGGCUGUCACAGACAAGGUGAACAGUGUGCGUACGGCAAAGUAGGAAGGGGUGAGUAGCGUUUAUAUAGGAACGCUAACUCCUCCCACAAAUACAGGCCUUACGGCCUUAAACAUAUCUUUAAUACAUACAUCCAGAGUUUAAUAAUAAUAGAAAAACAAUCUAUUCAUUGGUUGGCUGUUGGCUGCUUGGCAGACUGGCUUGCCACUGUGGCUGGUUGGCAGGCAGGCUGGCUGCUGUGGCUCAUUUGUGACUGGGUGUCAGCUGUGGCUGGUUGGUUGCUGUAGAUGGCAGGCAGGCUGGUUGCUGUAGAUGGCUGGCUGGCAGGCAUGCUGACUGCUGUGGCUGGUAGGCAGGCUGGCUGCUGUAGAUUGCUGGCAGGCGGUAUGGCUGCUAUGGCUGGUUGGCAGACUGGCUGGCUGCUGUAGAUGGCUGACAGACUGGCUGGCGCCUGUAGAUGGCUGGCAGACUGGUUGGCUGGCUGCUGUAGAUGACUGACAGGCUGGCUGCUGUGACUGGCUGGCUGACUGCGCCUGGCAGCUGUGGUUGACUGGCAUGCAUCUUUCUUCCCUCAGCAGGAGUCUGUUUCUACCCAAACCCCUUUGUGUGUCUUUUUUUCCCCAUUCCCCUCUGUGUGUUUCUUUUUCACCUUCGGAAGGUCUCUUUCUUCCACCUGUCCCUUUGUGUGUCUGUUUUUUGCUUACCCCUUUGAGUCUCUUUUUCCUCUUCCCCAGCCCUUCUGUGUUUUUUUCCCCUGUGUGUUUAUUUUUCUCCCUUUAGCUCAUGUGUGCAUCUCUUUGUCCCCCCCUCAGCCCCUGUGUGUGUCUUCAUCCCCAUCAGCUCCUCUGUUGGCCACCUCAUCCAGAUCCUUCUGUGCCCUCCUUCCCUCCUAUGCCCUUUUCGACCCACCUCCUCUUGUGCCAUUCUUUUGCUCCUCUUCCCUCCUUUGCCAUUUCCUCCUGUGCCCUUCUCUCCUCCUGUGCCCUUCUUUUGAACCCCUUCUAUUGUGCCCUUAUUUUGCCCCCUCCCCCUCCUGUGCCCUUAUUUUGCCCCCUCCUCUCCUGUUCCCUCUGUAACCACCUUCCUCUCUUGUGCACCCCUCCCCUCUUAUACCCUUAUUUUGCCUCCCUCUCCUCCCGUGCCCUUCUUUUUCCACACACCCCUCCUGUGCCCUUCUUUUGCCCUCUCACCUUCUGUGACCUCUAAAGCCCCUGCCUUUUUAGCCCCCUCCCCUUUUGUAUCCUCUGUAAUCCCCCUCCAAUCCUGUGCCCUUCUUUGUCCCAGCUUCUGUGCCCUCUUUAGCCCCCUGCACUCCUGUGCCGUUUUUUAUCAACCUACUCUCUUAUAACCUUCUUUUGAACCCUCUCCUCUGUAUCUUUUUUUGUCCCUCCUCCUGUGCCCUCUUUAUCCCACUUUUCUUGUGCCCUUCUUUUGCCCCCUCCCCUCCUGUGCCCUUCUUUACCCUCCAUCAUGUGCCUGCUCAGCCUCACAUGAGGCGAGCAGUCCCAGCAGAGGAGCCUCUGUUUCCUCUACCCAGUCUGACAGGAAAUAGUUCUGUGCUCUCUGAGAGCACUUCCUGUAAGACUGGGUAGAGGCUCCUCUACCACAGUCAGCCUGCUCGGCCAUGCUACAUGCUGUGACUGGCAGGAGAAGUGGUGUACCUAUGACCGCGGUUCCCACCAGCAAUGUGGUGCGGCCAGGGCCUGGGCAGUAUUACCGCGGGGGCCACUCAUGCAAUGCAUUUUCAGGGGCCCAUUGUAAUGAUGUCCGCUUGGGUGAAAGUGAGCUGUCCCUUCCUCCCAGCUUACAAAGCCACGCGGUUGGAGGAAGACAAGAGAACCAGACAGGAGGAGAAGGAUGGGACGGGUCAGAGUGGGAGUUCUAACUCCCAUCAGCCUUUGUCAGCCACUGGACCCCAGGGAAGUCACCCUCCUGCACCUAAAAGGUAGAUAACAGGAACGUGACUAAAAAAUGUGCAGCUGGCAUAUGUGUGUAUUUAUCGGUGUCUGUAUGCGUAUCUGUAUGUCUGUAUGUGUGGCUGUGUAUCUGUAUGUGUUUCUGUAUGUGUAUUUGUGUGUCUGCAUGUCUGAAUAUCUGUAUGUCUGAAUGUGUAUCUGUGCAUCUGUAUAUCUGUAUGUGUAUCUAUAUGUGUAUCUGUCUGUAUGUUAGUCUAUGUAUCCGCAUGUUUGUCAGUGUGUGUCUGUGUAUCAGUAUAUGUGUCACUAUUUGUAUCUCUAGGAGUGUCAUUCUGUCUGUUACGGUUGCCCCAGGCUAGCUGAGGGUUGGACCGUAGAAAGGAUGCUCCUAGCACUCACCAAGGACCGUCAGCACCGCAGACACCAUAAGUACCGCAGACCAGACGAACCGCCGCUUCUGGGUUGGGGUCUCGUCGUUUCCUACCCACCCUGGACCUGCGACAAGGUUCCAGGUUCCAGUGGGUGAACCUCUCUUCCUCCCAGAGCGCGACGCAGGAUCAGGAACAAGAGCUCUUACAAGAGCUCAGUGAAGCUAAGGGAGCAUAGCAAUCCAUGUAGCCAAACACGAGUUAAGGCUGCGAGCAGGGCCGCCAUCAGAAAUUUUGGGGCCCCUAACACAGCUCAAGGUCUGGGCCCCCGGGUACCUGCCUCAAAGCCCGCCCAACAAAGCCCUCCAAAUCCCGCCCACAGGAAUACACAGAAACACACAGAAAGAUACACACAUACUAACAGACACAAAUACUGAAACAGACAUACACACAUACAGGCAUACUGACACACACAUACACAGACACAUACAAACAUACAUCCAGACACACACACGUGCAUAAGGAGAUACAGAUACACACACACACACACAUAUACAUACAGACAUACAUACUGACAUACAUACAGACACACACACACACACACAUAUUGACAUAUACAUAGAUACAUACAUACAUUACAUGCAUACAUAGAGGCAUACGCAGACACACAUACAGGCAUACUGACAUACAUACAUCGACACAUAGAUAGAUAGCUAGAUACACACAUACAUACUGACAAACAGAUACAUAUAUACAUACAUAGAUGCAUGCACACACACCUAAUUUUUCUGCCACCCUCCUCUUCCUUACCUUUUUGUUGCAGGAGGGUGGCUGGGGAUGAAGGGAGUCAACUGCCUUGCCUCACCUCUCCUCGUGGCAUUCAGGUUGUCUCUUCUCCUUCACACAUGGAGUAAGCUGGGAGGAAUCUUUUUUAAUGGGGCCCGGUCACGCUAUUACACGCCCGCAGCGCUGACCGGGCCCCUGAAGAGUUAGGGCUCAUCGAGUGGCCCUAAAUGACAGUUUUGCUGCUCCACAUGGGGCCUGGGCCGCCGGGCCCGUGACAACCAACCUAGCUGCGAGUUGAGGGUUAAAGUAGAACUCGUUUGAUGAGCACACAGGACUUUCUUAUAUACACACCUUUUCCCACAAGAUUACCACCCACGUGGAACUUGUGGUACACAGGACACAAAGUUACAACAGCCAAUCAACACAGUACAGUACAGUCAGACACUCCCAGCUAAGGCACACAAACCCUCCCCUCUGCAUGUGAUAUAAUUACUAAAUGUAAUGGACCGUUUUGCACACAAGGGGUAAAAACCGUUUAGGCGAUCGUCCCCCUUUCCAGAGAUACAGGCACAGCUACUGCAGAACACCAAACUCCUGAACUAGAUACAAAAUAGCACUCCAACUCAUGAACUGGAACCUCCCAAAUAGCUGCUAGCAGACGAACAGGAAAAUCAGACAAUCAGCUUACACUCCUGGCAAUCAGUCUCUAACAGCAUACAGUGAAUCCCCCCAAGAACGAGACAAGGCUCCGUGUUGAGGGUCAAGCAGUGGUCUGUUUAAUGAGGGCUACCUGCCCAGUAUUUAUGCAGGUCUCCCACCUGGUGGACACUCCCCUAGGGGACCAAAUGGGAGACUGUGACAAGGGACAGACAAGCAGACAAAUAGGACACACAGUCACAGUAUAUUCCCACAAUGCAUCCUGGCUUCCAUCCCCUCUGCCCUGGGAGAUAAUUGAGAAGUAAUUCAAUUAUCUCCCAAGACAAAGGCAAAUCUCCAUUAUGCACAUGGGGAUACUAAAACAAGCAUUACUGUUAAAAUACACCAGGUAAGACACAUUACAUUAAAACUAUACAUUUAAUAUAUCCCCAGAUAGCUCAGGUCUGAGCGCACAUUAUUAAGUGAAUGGCGCUCAGACCACACAAAUACAGUUUAAUCGCCAUGGAGCCAAAGUCUUUACAGUCAGUUUUAUACGAAUGGGCUCCAUGGGAUUCCUAUCUGGGGUAUAACACAUUCAAACAAAACCGCCGUUCGUGCCCUUCCACCGAACAAGAAGGGAGGUUGGCGGCUUCAGUGGUGUUCGCGCAAAACUGUGUCCGAUUUUAGUACCAUGAAAAUAGAGACGAACACCGCUGUGCAUUUGUAUGUUUAAAAUGGCUGCGACCUCGUGUUCGGGAUACGAAUGGCGGCCACCCAGCAUUCGUCAAUUAAGCUGCGGAUAACCGCAGCUUCAGGGAGGUUAAUUGCAGGCACACUCCAGCUCCCAGGUGGUCUAUUCAUUCGUGCGGACAACCGGCAGAAAAGCACGAAUACAGCUUUUCUGCAGGUGAAACAAAGUCUUUUAACAGGGGGCCAUAGUCCAGAGGCAGCAGGCGAGCAACCAGGCUUCUCCAAUGCAAUGUGGCGAGAUUGGUCUCGUCACACUAAACACAAUGUACUAACUUAAUUAUCACAGGCAGAAAAAAACUGGGAGGGAAAUAUUUGCCUCCUAUCAUUAAUAAAAUUAAGAUUAUACAGCAAGGACCAUUCAAAGGAUAUGGGGUGCCUGAUGGUACGUGGGUCGAAGAGAGGAUCGCCCGUAACGUCCAGGAACAAAUCCUCAUCCAACUGAGAGGUGGACGCUGUUUGUGUAGGAGGGACCUCAGAGUCUCUGGGCCAAAUGGAGUUGUCAAACUCGUACUUGCCCCAACUGUCCUCAUUUUCCAAGGGCAACUGGUCUGCCCGCCAUUCAUCUAGCAAGCAUAGGGUGGGGGAGGUAAGAAGUCCUCCUCCCCGUCUGACAGCCAUCUCUCCUCCCUGUCGGAGAGGCGAGUCUGAGACCACCUGACUCGCGCACUUCACAGGAGCCUUGCCCUUUCUGGGAGUGUAACUCAGGUCCUUCACCCUUCCAAUUGCGCUUAGGUGCUCUUGACCUUCUCUCUCCUGGAGGAGUCCGACUCUGAGUCUUCAGCCGUGUGGGGGGUACCCAUAGAGCUACUAUCCGGUGGCUUUAUUCUCUCUUUAUUCUGUCCUUCUAUCCCUCUUUAUUCUGUCCCUUCUCUCUUUAUUCUGUCCCUUCUCUCUUUAUUCAGUCCAUCUUUAUUCUGUCUCUUCUUUAUUUUGUCCUUCUGCCCCUCUUUAUUAUGCCCCUCUGUAUGCUGCCUCUAUUUAUUCUGCUCCUAUUUAUUCUGUACCUUUUUUAUUCUGUCGAUUCUCUGUUUUCCUGUCCAAGCAGGGAGAAGGAAUCAAAUCCUGCGAAUCCCAUGACGUCCACGAGAUCCCGCGACGUCCAAGAGAUCGCGAGAAUGCAGACUCAGGUCACUGCAUGUCCAUCUGUGUUCUCGCGAUAUCUUUGCCCCCCAGUGCAAGACCGCAGUGUUCAAAGAUCCAGAGAUCCCAGGUGUCCUGAGUGGCACUCGGGGAUUCACUGAGGGCCACAACAGGUAGAUUAGCCAAACUACCUGUGGGGCCGUAUUAAACUGGAACGCAGGCUGCAAUUGGGGACGUACAAGUAAAAACAAAGGAAGGCUGCGCCAAAGGAAAUAGAUACAUUUACGCAAAUAAAAUUAUAUAUGAUUUAAAAAAAUAUAAUAUAAAUAAAAAGUCCCAAUAUCUAUCUUUUAGAGGUUGUUUCAACUGGUGUAAUGUCUUCUCUGUUGGAAGUAGUCCGUCUCACGAUAUGAAAGACACAAUGGGAAAAGACCAAUCGUGCAGAGUGUAUAAAUAAAUAUCCGUGAAAUUAAAAUAUAAACUCCACACUCACAUUUCCAUGAGCUAAGACCAGCUCAAGUGUAACGGGCACACAGUAGAUAACCCUCCGCUUGUAGGGGUGCUUGUCCUCCUGGAGAGUGCUGGUGUCCGAUUCUCAAAGGAAAAGAGAUAAAAACAGCCAAUAGAGCUCUCUGGUGACGUAAUAUAAAAAUAAAUAGAAAUAAAAUAAAAUGUACUCACAAGUGGAGUGCAGGCCAGUCUGCACUCUGAUGAUAGCGUGGGUGGUAUAAUCCCCACCUUAGGAUAUGUAGAAUGCCAGGAAAGAUAAGUAGAAAUAAAAUUGUAUAGAGAAGUAAUAAUAUGAAAUAAUUUAUUAAUGAUACAAUAUAUUAAAACCAAUAAUGCGUUUCGCCACAAUGGCUUUAUCAAAUUGGAAUGAUAUUAAAAACCUGGCACAUAAGGAGUAUAUAUAGCUAGUUCAGUAAUUCGAAAUUGGCGCCAAAAAAGUCUGCCAAUCAGGGCUGUUCAAAGUAUAAAUUGAAUAUACAGUGUACAAAACAUAAAAAUUAUAUAUUAGAUAGAUGGUUUGAAAUAUACAGAUGUAUGUGUGUUAAUAUACAUUAAAAACGAAGAUGGCAUAAUAGGGUAUAAAAAGAAAUAAAAAGAAAUAGUUUGAGUGCGUCACUACACUUCCACUUGAGGUAGGUCUGCGCGGCCGUCCCAUGGAGAGGGCGGCACGCACAGACGGUCUCAGAGAAAAACAAUUAAAUGAUAUCGAUGUAUACGAAAAACUAACCAAAGAUCCUACCUCUAGUAUACAGCAAAAAUUUACUACGUUUUUACAAAAAGGUCUAAAUGAUAAUAUUUUGAAUAAACAAGAAUUCAAUUAUUUAUUCAUUAAGAAUCCUAUAGUAUCUGGGAUAAACUCUCCGUUCUGCAACUUAUCUCAGUACAUUGACACUCUACUCCAACCGUCAGUCAAAUUAAUGAAGUCCUAUUUGAAGGACUCCAUGUCACUUCUGAGAUUUGACUGGAAGACAGAUUUUAUACUUGUCACAUGCGAUGUUACAUCUCUAUAUACCAUUAUCCCUCAUCAACUUGGAUAUAAUGCAGUUAGAACUAUUUUAUCUAACGAAAAUAAAAUUCCAGUAGCCCAAAUUGAUUUUAUUGUGGAAGGUAUUAAUAUUAUUUUAAAUAAUAAUUAUUUCUGGUUUUUUGACUCCUUUUACCUCCAAAAAAAGAGGGACUGCUAUAGGGACCAGGUUUGCCCCUAGCUAUGCCAACCUCUUUAUGGCGGACUGGGAAUCGAGCGCCAUUUGGGGACGGCAUGCCUGGAGCAUAACCUGGUCUCAUAUUUUAGAUAUAUCGAUGAUUUGAUUUUUAUAUGGAAGGGUUCUGAAAAUUCUCUUAACUCCUUUAUAUCACACCUCAACUCUAACAAUAGAGGAAUUAUUUUAACCUGUGAAUAAAGCAAAAAUUCAAUUAACUUUUUAGAUUUAAAUAUUUUUAUUAAAGACGGCAAAAUACAUACCAAAACCUUUUUUUAAAAGAAAGUUUGCUCCAAUACUGCAAUUGACCAAACCAGUUGCCACUACAAGCCAUGGCUUGAAAGCGCUCCCAAAAGCCAAUUUUUACGAAUACGUCACAAUUGUUCUCAUAUAGACGAUUUUAACGAACAAUCAUUGGUUUUAAAAAAACAAUUUAUUGAAAAAAACUAUUCCCGUACACUUUUGGAUAAUACUAUAGAUAUAGUCAGAAAUAAACUAGAGAAAGUCUCUUAACAUAUAAGGAUAAAAAUACUUCAGAAGCCCCCACCCUUCCUAUCAUUUUUAAUUAUAAUAACAAAAGUGGUUUUAUUAAAAAACAAUUAAAAAACAUUGGCAUCUUUUAAGACAAGAUGAUCUACUUAAAGAGAUUUUACCAAUACAGCCUAAAAUUGUUUUUAGAUGUGCACCAGAUUUUAGAUCCAUUUUAACUAAUAACUACACUAAGGAAACCAAAAACACCCACCACACUUUUUUAGAUGGGGCUAAAGGUUUUUAUAAAUGUAAACGUUGUACUGUAUGUAAAAAUACUGAUUUAACUACUAAAUCAAAAGUUACUAAUUUUAAAUCUAAUCAAACCAAUAGGAGUUAUACCAUAGGAGAUUUUAUUGGAUGUAAUACCACCAAUGUUAUCUACCUAUUGGAAUGCCCUUGUGGCCUACUAGGUGCCUAAAGAUAAGAUUAGCAGAACAUUGUAGGAACAUAAAAAAUGGAUACUAGAAUCACUGCGUAUCGAAGCACUUUAUUAAUCAUAUUUAAGAUCCUAAAUUUCUUAAAUGUAUAGGAAUUCAGAAAUGUCAAAUCCCUUGGAGAGGUGGUAAUAUAAAAAAUAUUCUUGGAAGAUCAGAGUUGGAAUGGGUAUUUAACUUACAAACUCUAACGCCCCAAGGUUUAAAUGUAGAUUUAGAUUUAUUCAAUUUUCUAUAAUUUUAAUUAUUUAAAAAAAAAUUGUUUUCUUUUAUAGAGCUUUUAUUAUAUUUUCUUUUUCUAAUUUUUAAAUUUUAUCUAUUUGUCUUCCUCCUGCCGUCUAGCUAUGGGCACUAUGAUUAGUAAUGCCCUUAACAUGACUGUAUUUUUAUGAUGUACAGAUAUAUCAAAAUAUACCUUUGUGAUUUUAUUUUACCCACUUCUGUUUAUAAUUUUCUAUUUUUAGAAUAUAUAUAUGUGUGUAAGUUCGAUUUAUUUAUUCAUUGUGGGUAUUUCUCUAAUAUUCACAUUUUUUAUAUAUUUCUUAUAUAUUUUAAUUAUACUAUAUAUAUUCCAUUUAUUAUCAACCCCCUCCCCAAGGCUGUCUUUUUAAAAUAUAUUCUAUUUGCAUUGUGCUAUAUUCCUAAUGCUCGUUCGUUUUUAAACUACAUUUCCCAUAAUGCCUGUGGCUCCGGUCACGUGACCCGCGGAUAGUACUUUGCUGUGAUGCCGCGGGUCACGUGACGUAGCCUGCCGUCCGUGCGUGCCGCCUUCUCCAUGGGACGGCCGCGCGGACCUACUUCAAGUGGAAGUGUAGUGGGCGGUCACGUGACCCGUGCACUACAGCUCCACAGGUGCAUUGCGGGUCACGUGACGCGCCCAAUCUAUUUCUUUUAAUUCUUUUUAUACCCUAUUAUGCCAUCUUUGUUUUUAAUGUAUAUUAACACACAUACAUCUGUAUAUUUCAAACCAUCUAUGUAAUAUAUCAUUUUUAUCUUUUGUACAGUGUAUAUUCAAUUUAUACUUUGAACAGCCCUGAUUGGCAGACGUUUUUUUGGCGCCAAUUUCGAAUUACUGAACUAGCUAUAUAUACUCCUUAUGUGCCAGUUUAUUAAUAUUAUUCCAAUUUGAUAAAGCCAUUGUGGCGAAACGCAUUAUUGGUUUUAAUAUAUUGUAUCAUUAAUAAAUUAUUUCAUAUUAUUACUUCUCUAUACAAUUUUAUUUCUACUUAUCUUUCCUGGCAUUCUACAUAUCCUAAGGUGGGGAUUAUACCACCCACGCUAUCAUCAGAGUGCAGAAAGGCCUGCACUCCACUUGUGAGUACAUUUUAUAUUAUUUCUAUGUAUUUUUAUAUUACGUCACCAGAGUAAUAAACUAUUGGCUGUUUUUAUCUAUUUUCCUUUGAGAAUCGGACACCAGCACUCUCCAGGAGGACAAGCACCCCUACAAGCGGAGGGUUAUCUGCUGUAUGCCCGUUACACUUGAGCUGGUCUUAGCUCAUGGAAAUGUGAGUGUGGAGUUUAUAUUUUAAUUUCACGGAUAUUUAUUUAUACACUCUGCACGAUUGGUCUUUUCCCAUUGUGUCUUUCAUAUUGUGAGACGGACUACUUCCAACAGAGAAGACAUUACACCAGUUGAAACAACCUCUAAAAGAUAGAUAUUGGGACUUUUUAUUUAUAUUACAUUUUUAAUUUUUUUUUUAAAUCAUAUAUAAUUUUAUUUGUGUACAUUUAUCUACUUCCUUUGGCUCAGCCGUCCUUUGUUUUUACUUGUAUAUUCUCUUUGUAGAGGGUUAGAGGGUGACCCUCUGAUAUGCCGCUGCCUUUUAUACAUUUUAUUAUUAGCGCUAACCUUUUUAUUUCCUUUUCCAAUUGGGGACGGACUUGGACAUGUUUGAUCUAACAGAUCCAGAGUGACUCCUGGGGUAAGAGCGAUUGCACUGGUUUUGCCUGGUGAAAGGCCAUGUGCUUCACAGACGACUUCAUUAUUGCCUAAGGGUAGAAUGGGGCUUGAAUCCCUGUAUUAGAACACAAUAACACUUCAUUGGCAUACAGUUUAGCUGUUAAUCAGUCCCCCACUUAUUACACGGGGUAAUUCACUAAACACAAGAUUUUGCUCGGAUGGACAAAAUGCGGUGGAAAUGACCAUGUUCUGACUGCAAUAGCAAUGACAAUUCUCAAUACUUCACUUACUAAAGCCAAAGCCAGUUGGAACUUGGCCAACCCGACCAAAUCUACCACAAUCUGUGCUGUUGUUCAUAUUAAAUCAGUGCUUUUCACAUCCAAGCCCUAUAAAAAAUUGAGGAUUUAGAAUCUUCAUAAAACCAACUUUAAAAAAAGUUUAGAUCCGAAUGCAUGCGGCAUGAUUUAGGUUCACAAGUUAUCGCUCACUUGUUUUUUGCAAGUGAACAAUAAUUCCCAAUAAACUUAAGGCCUGUAGCGGAACGCCAAUAUUAAAUCCACGAAUUCCGCUGGUUCAAUCCACAGUCAAGCGCUAGAACAACAAGGCAAUAUCCCCAACCUCCCAGUAACCAGACGAGACACAGUUCUGAGAGUCAACUGAAGUCCUUUAAUUCUGCUGCACAAUUUAUACAAGUCCCCAUGCAAGGGGUUUCCUGAGUCCCUUCCCAGGGGCAUUCCCAGAGGGGACUACAUGGGGGACUUACAAUACAAGGCACCUCUCCCAUCAGGCACUGCUGCACGAGAGGGAUCCUCCCACUGGAAUAUACCAUUAAGUGGAUUAUCCCUCCGUGCAGCAGAACUUACAAUUCGUAUAAAAAUUUAUAACUUUAUGAAUAUGCGGUCUAUUUAAACGAAUGGACGUUCGGUAGAUAACUGGGGUCUGAGCGCAUCAUUCGUGAGAUUACCGCUCAGAUCCCAGCUAAAAUAACCGAACGCCGCACGAAAAACACCUUUAUUGUAAAACAUAUUAAAAGAACCGAUUGCCUUCCAGGGAAUAAAAUACCGAACGGCCUGGAACUCCCGAACGUCCUGGAGGCUCAGCGGUGUUCGUGCCGUCGAGUAGCCGUUUUUAGUACCAUGCGCUCGACGACCUAGCACCGCUGAGGGAACAAAGGAUCCAAGAUGGCCGACCGCCGCAUGGUCGGUAGUCGAACGACGGCCACCCAGGAGAGCCUCUAAUUACCGAUUGCAACAUUGUUGCAAUCGGUUAACCAGCGCCUGUGUGUGGGCUAUUAGGGGUAGUGUUUUCGGUUCACGAACGGCCCUCCAAAGUGCCGUUCGUGAAACGAAAGGAAAACCCCAUACAAACAGCUAUCUGCAUUCGGCAGAUAGCAAAUACAGGCAAUUCAAUACAUUACAGUCAGCAUACAAUACACGUAGUUAAACACAUAUCUCCCCAGACAUACAGGCAACCCUUAAAGGUACAGUCUCUGGUUAUAGUCCAAGUGGCUAGGUUUGCCACAAUGCUCCCCCAGAACCAAGCCGGCAUACACAGUCUGAUCCCAACGGAUCGGCUUGGGGAUGUCCGGGGGAGGGCUCACAGAUCACUUCUCAAGGUCUGUUUGUCUGGAUAACCCGUCGGCGUUACCGUUUUGUUUCCCGGGGCGAUAAUGGAUGGUAAAGUCAAAAGGCUGCAGCGCCAAGCUCCAGCGCAGCAGCCUGGCAUUGUCUCCAGCCACACAGUUUAGCCACACCAACGGGUUGUGAUCUGUGAGCAAGGAAAAGGGUUGCCCAUAGAGAUAUGGCUGUAACUUUUUCAGGGCCCACACCACGGCCAGGCAUUCUUUUUCUAUGGCGGCGUAGCUCACUUCUCGGGGUAACAAUUUCCGGCUCAAAUAUGCUACGGGAUGUUCUCCGCCAUUUGCUCCGACCUGGCUUAGUACUGCUCCCAAUCCAAACAUUGAGGCGUCUGUGUGGACAAGAAAACGUUUAGUUGGAUCAGGAGCAGCCAGUACAGGGGCAUUGGUCAGAGCCGUCUUCAGUUGGUUGAAUGCCUGUUCACACUCUGGGGCCCAGAUGACCUGCCUGGGCAGGUUCUUCUUUGUCAAGUCAGUCAGGGGUUUGGCCAGGGCACUGUAGUUGGGCAAAAAUUUUCUAUAAUACCCGGCGGUACCUAAAAAGGCAAGGACUUGGGUUUUGGUCCUAGGGGUAGGCCACUGGGCUACGGCUUCAAUCUUUGCGGGCUCAGGCUUCUGUUGCCCGCUACCUACCCUCCGCCAUCCCUAUGUGGCACUUGCUGGGCUUCAAGGUAAGCCCUGCCUCCCUGAUCCGAUCUAUUACAGUCCCUAUAUGUUGUAGGUGAUCCGACCAGGUCUGGCUGUAGAUGGCAAUAUCAUCCAGGUAUGCACACGCAUAAUCCUGGAACCCGUCCAGUAGCCGAUCCACCAUCCGCUGAAAUGUUGCGGGGGCGUUCUUCAUCCCGAAUGGCAUGACUCGAAAUUGGUACAAGCCAAACGGGGUGACAAACGCCGACUUGGGGAUGGCGUCCUCGGCUAGUGGAAUUUGCCAGUAUCCCUUACAAAGAUCUAUUGUCGUGAGAUACUGGCCUCUGGCCAUCCUAUCUAGCAGUUCGUCUAUCCGGGGCAUCGGGUAAGCGUCCGACACGGUUUUGUCGUUCAACCUCCGGUAGUCCACACAGAACCGGGUGGUACCGUCUUUCUUGGGGACCAGGACUACCGGCGAUGCCCAGGGGCUAUCGGAGUGUUCGAUAACCCCCAACUGCAACAUCUCUUCAAUCUCCUUCCUCAUAUGUUCCCGCACGGAUUCAGGAAUCCGAUAUGGGGUUUGUCGCAUGGGAAGCUGUCCCGGGGUUUCUACUCGGUGAGUGGCUAGUGGAGUGUACCCAGGUAAGUUAGAAAAGGUGGCACCCUUUGUCGCUAUCAGUUCUUGUACCUGGGUACGCUCUUGAGGACUUAGCCGCUCCCCCAGCUGAACCCCCUGGGAGGGCUCCUUCUGCUCCACCGGCUCUAACAGAUCUGGAAGAGGUAAGUUCUCCUGAUCUUCUGAGGCUGGCGUGCAAAUAGCUGCCACGUCCUCCGUUCGCUCGUGGUAGGGUUUGAGCAUGUUCACAUGGAGCAUGCGUCGCUUCCCUACUCCGGAGCAUGGGCCGAUCACAUAGGUGGUGUCGCAUCUCUGCUCUACCACCUGGUAUGGGCCCUGCCAGACGGCCUGUAGUUUGUCUGUGCGGACAGGUUUGAGGAUUAACACCUUCUGUCCCACUUGAAAACUACGGUCUCUGGCCCCUCUGUCAUACCAACGACGCUGUCGUUGCUGGGCGGACUGGAGGUUGGUGCGCACUGCCUGGGUUAAUUCCUCCAGGCGAUCCCGGAACGCCAACACAUAUGGUACAAUAGGGGUCCCAUCUGCGCUACUCUCUCCCUCCCAAUGCUCUCUAAUGAGAUCCAACGGUCCCCGGACCUUUCUCCCAAAUAACAGUUCAAAUGGGGAGAAACCGGUAGACUCUUGGGGUACCUCUCUGUAGGCAAACAACAGAUGGGGAAGGAAUCGUUCCCAGUCCUUAUGGGUCUCUCCGAAUGUACGGAGCAUCUGUUUUAGGGUACCGUUGAACCUCUCACACAAUCCGUUAGAUUGAGGGUGGUAGGCUGAGUUAAUGAUUGGCUUAAUGCCACAUAUCUUCCAUAACUGCUGAGUAACCUCGGCCGUAAAUUGUGUCCCCCUAUCGGAGACAAUUUCGUGCGGGAACCCAACUCGUGAAAAUAUUUUCAUCAGGGCUUCGGCCACGGUCUCAGCGUGAAUAUUGGUUAAGGCAAUCGCCUCGGGGUACCGGGUGGCGUAGUCCACCACGGUCAGUAUAUACCGCUUCCCAGAAGGGCUGGGUUUUGGUAGUGGCCCCACUAUAUCUACAGCCACACGGCUGAACGGUUCCUCAAUUAUAGGUAGGGGACACAGUUUCGCCUUGUGGCGAUCCCCUCUCUUGCCUACCCGCUGACACACAUCACAGGAGGUACAAUAAUGUCUUACAUCUUUAGAAAUCCCGGGCCAAAAGAAAGCGUGAGUUAAGCGAUACCGGGUCCGGGUCAUCCCUAAAUGGCCGGACAGAGGGAUGUAAUGGGCUAUUCUUAGUAACUCAUGCCUAUACUUCUGGGGUACUACCAGCUGCUUAGUUUGGAGAGUCACAGAGUUUCCUAUUGCCCUUUCCGCCACCCGGUACAGUAACUUGUUUUCCCAAAUGUACCGUUCCCCCUCCCGCCCCACCUGGUCCGUGUCUACUCUAUCUCGGUACACCUGCAGUGUGGGAUCUGUCUGAACCUCUGCUUCAAAAGUGGUCGGGGUGUCCCAAGUCAUAUGCGUCAAGGGGGGGUCAUGGUUUCUUACCUGAGCCUCAGAGUGUGCUGGUGGUGCCGUGGUGCAAGCCUGUUGCCGUGUAGUUACCGGGUAAGCUUCUUGUAAAGGGGCCUGUGGUAGGAAAGCUGAAGUCAUCUGGCCCAAGUCAUUCCCCAACACAACAUCUGCCGGUAACUUCUUCAUUAUUGCCACUUCUACAACCCCCUCCCCAGCACCCCAGUUCAAAUGCACCUUGGCAGUGGGUAACCGGUACAUGGCUCCCUCUGCUACCCGGACCGCCACCGAUCCGCCAGUGUGGGCCGCAUCUGGAACUAAAUGUGGAGCAACCAGGGUCAAAGUGGCUCCCGAGUCCCUCAGCCCCUGUACUUCUUUCCCCCCACAACUUGGCAGUGAUGCUGCCUGUUGUCCGUGGCUUGUACAGACAUUACUUCAUAUAAAACUCCCAACGGUUCCUCAGUUUGCAGACUUGCCAGCUCAGAGUGGUCAGGUUCCGUGUGGUAGUAAUGAGCUGCUGCCCUUGGGGUGGAGUUUUGCCGUACCUGGUUCCACGCUUGCCUACUCCGAUUCUGGGUGCACUCCCGAGACAUAUGCCCCCACUGCCGGCAGGUAUGGCAUUGUAUGUUAGCUCGGCCAUUGUAGCGGGAUGGUGGUGGGGGGUUCCCUGGUGCUGGCCGGAAUGGGACAGAGUUGGUAGGUGUGGAGAUGGUCGGGUGAUGUUGUACUGGUGGUCUCAGGGGACCCCUGUUGGUGAGCCCAUGAUGCAUCCUGACAUCGUAGUGUUGAUCUGCCAAUCGGGCGGCUUCUGUGAGGGUGAGGGGUUUUCUGUCCCUUACCCACUCUUGUGCCUCUGGUGACAGGCCGUUAAAGAACUGCUCCAGCAGGAUGAGUUGGCGCAGUCCCUCCAUGGUGGUGGCUUGGCUUGCCUGAAUCCACCCUUGUGAAGCUUGGUCCAGCUUAUGUGCCCACUCACCGUGGGAAUCUUUCUCUGGCUUCAUCAAUCCCCAAAAUCUACGCCGGUAUGCCUCUGGGGUUAUGGCAUACCUCUCUAGAAUUGCCCUUUUGACUUUAAAAUAGUCCUUGCUGUCCUCUCUGGGCACAGCGCGAUAAGCCUCUGCCGCUCGUCCUGCCAACUUGCCUGCUAGUAGGGGUACCCACAUUGCCUGCUCCAGAUCGUGUAAGUCGCAUAACCGCUCAAAAUCCUGCAGGUAUCCGUUGAUCUCAUCCUUCUCCUCGCAGAACGCUUUAAAUGCCUGGUAAGGUAUUUUCUGCUUUACUGGAGCGCAGAAUGAGUUGGCGAUGGAUUCUGCCCUGGAGGGUGCCCCCUGGGGCUGCUGUGCCAUAAUGUAGUCCUGGACGUCUGCCAUCAGUACGGUCAAGAUGUCCAGGGUACUGGCUGAGGUACAAAUUCCAACCGGGUUCUCAGUUCCCUCUGGUAUGGUGUUUCCUCCCUGGCAGGUGGGGGUGGACUGCUGUGUGCUUGGUCGCCUUCCAUCAGCUCCGCAAUUAGUACUGCUUUGGAUUUGUUGCUAGCGUUUUUCCCUCUAGCCUCCAGCAGUUCCUUUAGCGUCUGCCUCUUUAAUGCCGUGUAAUCCGUCCCCAUUCACUGAUCGCUUUCGUCUGUUUGUUGCAUACGAAUUGCCUUUCCCUUUUUCCGUUCGGUUGUUCCUUUCAUUCGAAUGCGCUGUAUUCGGCUGUAGAGUUGGAUCCCGUCGCUUGCCACCAAUUGUAGCGGAACGCCAAUAUUAAAUCCACGAAUUCCGCUGGUUCAGGUAGUCAAGCGCUAGAACAACAAGGCAAUCUCCCCAACCUCCCAGUAACCGGACGAGACACAGUUCUGAGAGUCAACUAAAGUCCUUUAAUUCUGCUGCACAAUUUAUACAAGUCCCCAUGCAAGGGGUUUCCCGAGUCCCUUCCCAGGGGCAUUCCCAGAGGGGACUACAUGGGGGACUUACAAUACAAGGCACCUCUCCCAUCAGGCACUGCUGCACGAGAGGGAUCCUCCCACUGGAAUAUACCGUUAAGUGGAUUAUCCCUCCGUGCAGCAGAACUUACAAUUCGUAUAAAAAUGUAUAACUUUAUGAAUAUGCGGUCUAUUUAAACGAAUGGACGUUCGGUAGAUAACUGGGGUCUGAGCGCAUCAUUCAUGAGAUUACCGCUCAGAUCCCAGCUAAAAUAACCGAACGCCGCACGAAAAACACCUUUAUUGUAAAACAUAUUAAAAGAAACUAUUGCCUUCCAGGGAAUAAAAUACAGAACGGCCUGGAACUCCCGAACGUCCUGGAAGCUCAGCGGUGUUCAUGCCGUCGAGUAGCCGUUUUUAGUACCAUGCGCUCGACGACCUAGCACCGCUGAGGGAACAAAGGAUCCAAGAUGGCCGACCGCGGCAUGGUCGGUAGUCGAACGACGGCCACCCAGGAGAGCCUCUAAUUACCGAUUGCAACAUUGUUAAGUGUGUGGGCUAUUAGGGGUAGUGUUUUCGGUUCACGAACGGCCCUCCAAAGUGCCGUUCGUGAAACGAAAUGAAAACCCCAUACAAACAGCUAUCUGCAUUCGGCAGAUAGCAAAUACAGGCAAUUCAAUACAUUACAGUCAGCAUACAAUACACGUAGUUAAACACAUAUCUCCCCAGACAUACAGGCAACCCUUAAAGGUACAGUCUCUGGUUAUAGUCCAAGUGGCUAGGUUUGCCACAAGGCCAAAUUUAGAUUGUGAGCUUGUCUGCCCAGGGCCCUCUUUACCUACUGCUCAAACUUGUUUUGUUAGAAUUUAAUGUUUGUCUUGUUUAUUAUUGUACAGCGCUGCAAAAUAUGUGUGCACUAUAUAAAUAAUGAUUGAAGUACUAUUAGCCCCGUGGCAGUGCUAGCAGCUGGCAGGCAAAUCAUUAAAAAAAAAAAAAAAACAGUGUGAAGGUUAAAUGUAGCAGCUGGCCAGUGCUUGGUCACCAGCCUCUAUAUUCAAAUGUCAAAAAAACACCUAUGGAGAGUUCAGUGUGAGCCCGUAUUAGUAAUAUGAUCCCAGCUGCCACCAGGCAACUGCUUCCCGGUCACUAGAACGGCUCCAUCCCAGGGCUCCGUGCUGAGCAAACCAAUCUGAGCUCUUCUCUCAAGACUUGCUGUAGGAAUAUUCCUUGGGGUGAGCUCUUCCAAGCUGCUCAUUUGCCAACUUCUAAUUUAGUAGAUAAAUCUCACCUGAUGCAUUUAAUGAAUUUAUUGGCAGCUUUUCAAAUGUGGCAGUUGGUUAGCUAGCGCUGGUCAUCUGACACAUGGUUAAACCAUGAUUGAGGUCAGGGGUCGAUGGAGGCCGUUCUCUCCUUUUAUCCCCAUAGCAGCCAUUGAUGCAGAGGUAUUCUUUGCAGCAUGAGAUUGUGCAUUGUCAUGCAUGAAGAUGAUUUUAUUACGGAAAGCAUAGUUCUUCCUUCUGUACCAGGGAAGAAAGUGGUCAGUCAGAAACUCCACAUACUUUGCAAAGGUCAUCUUUACACCUUUGGGGACCCUAAAGUGGCUGACCACCUCUCUUCCCAUGAUUCCAGGCCAAAUCAUGACUCCACCACCGCCUCGCUGACAUCGCAGCCUUGUUGGAACAGGGUGGCCGUCCACCAACCAUACAUUACUCCAUCCAUCUGGAUCAUCCACGGUUGCACGGCACUCAUCAGUGAACAGGACUGUUUGAAAAUUAGUCUUCAUGUAUUUUUCUGCCCAAUGCAGCAGUUUCUGCUUGUGAGCAUUGGUUAGUGGUGGCCGAAUAGAAGGUUUAUGCACAGUUGCAAGACUCUUUAGGACUCUACACCUUGAUGUCCGUGGGACUCCAGAGGCACCAGCAGCUUGAAAUAUCUGUUUGCUGCUAUGUAAUGGUAUUUUAGCAGCUGCUCUCUUGAUCCGAUGCAUGGAUCUGGCAGAAAUGUGCCUUUAUCUGCAUGAACCCGUCUGUGCUCUGAAUCAGCCACAAAUCUCUUAAUAGUGCGAUGAUCACGCUUAAGUUUUUGUGAAAUAUUGAAUGUUUUCAUACCUCGUCCAAGACAUUGAACUAUUUCACUCUUUUCGGCAGCAGAGAAAUCCUUUUUCUUCCCCAUAUUGCAUGAAAAUGGUGCUCUGCUUAAUAAUGUGGAACACCCUCCUUUAGUAGUUUUUCCUUAAAUUGGGCUCACCUGGCAAUCUAAUUAUCACAGGUGUCCGAGAUUGUUUUCAGUGAUCAAAAGAGCCCUGAGACACAAUACCAUCCAUGAGUUAAACUGAAAAACUAAAAAUUGAAUCUUUGUGACACUUAAAUAGAAUUUGCAUAAUAAUUUGGAACAGAGUGUUGUGUGUAAAUGAUGCGAAACACAGAUUUUUAGAAGCCUACGUUUUGGUGAUUCAGUAUUACGGAAAAAGCAAUAGUGCUCGUGGUCAGCUAAUGUAAGCUUGUGGAGUGUGUAUGUUGCUUGCCAGUGUAAGUACCCCAUGUGGGCCACCUCAAAACUACAGGUGAAGCGCACUCCUCACCUGUAUAACUCCAGGUGUUGGGGGGAGGAGGGGUAUAUGGUUGAGAGUUAAAGGAACACUAUAGUCACCUAAAUAAAAGCAGUUUUAGUGUAUAGAUCAUUCCCCUGCAAUUUCACUGCUCAAUUCACUGUCAUUUAAGAGUUAAAUCACUUUGUUUCUGUUUAUGCAGCCCUAGCCACACCUCCCCCGGCUAUGAUUGACAGAGCCUGCAUGAAAAAAAAAAACUGGUUUCACUUUCAAACAGAUGUAAUUUACCUUAAAUAAUUGGAUCUCAAUCUCUAAACUGAACUUUAAUCACAUACAGGAGGCUCUUGCAGGGUCUAGCAAGCUAUUAACAUAGCAGGGGAUAAGAAAAUCUUAAUUAAACAGAACUUGCAAUAAAGAAAGCCUAAAUAGGGCUCUCUUUACAGGAAGUGUUUAUGGAAGGCUGUGCAAGUCACAUGCAGGGAGGUGUGACUAGGGUUCAUAAACAAAGGGAUUUAACUACUAAAUGGCAGAGGAUUGAGCAGUAAGGCUAUAGGGGCAUGUUCUAUACACCAAAACUGCCUAAUUAAGCUAAAGUUCAGGUGACUAUAGUAUCCCUUUAACCGGUCUAGAUGCUAAAUGUCAGUAUUUACAGAGGAAAAUGAAGGAAAGGGACCUCAGUUAGGAAAAAGGACAAAUAAGUCAUUUAUUACACUUGAGUUUACAGAGGAAGAGGUUCUAUUUCAACUGUCAAAAGUAAAGACAAAUAAGUCAAUGGGACCUGAUGGAAUACACCCAAAGUUAUUGAAAGAGCUUAGUGGUGUACUAGCAAAACCAUUAACAGAUUUAUUUAACCAAUCAUUGUUAACAGGAGUAGUCCCAGAAGAUUGGAAGUUAGCGAAUGUUGUGCCCAUUUACAAGAAAGGUAAUAGGGAGGAGUCGGGCAACUAUAGGCCAGUAAGCCUUACUUCAGUAGUGGGGAAAGUGAUGGAAACCAUGUUAAAGGAUAGGAUUGAUGAACAUCUAAAAACACAUGGAUUUCAAGAUCAGAGACAACAUGGGUUUACUUCAGGGAGAUCAUGCCAAACUAAUCUUAUUGAUUUUUUUGAUUGGGUAACUAAAAUUAUAGAUCAGGGUGGUGCAGUAGACAUUGCUUACCUAGAUUUCAGUAAGGCUUUUGACACUGUUGCACAUAGAAGGCUUAUCAAUAAACUGCAAUCUUUAAGUUUGGAUUCCAAUAUUGUUGAAUGGGUAAGGCAGUGGCUGAGUGACAGGCAACAGAGGUGUCAUGCUCCUGAGCAAGUCAGAAAGGAGACGAUUGCAAGGGUUAUUGGUUAAAACUUUGUCGUAUUAGACAUAAUAAAUUUACUGAAAAUAAAGAAUAAAGGGCAGUCUGCCACAAACAGGAUACUCUGUGAGAAAAAAAACAGAGUUUAGGCGAUAUGCCACAAAGAAGAUCUUUAGAAAGUAAAUGAAUAACGUAUUUUGUAUACAAGCAGGCUUGAAAUUAUACCAAGAAGUUAAGGAUUUCCAGGAUACUUUGCAAUGCAGCUAGUUAUAGGUAAAUACCUUUUAGGAUAAGGCAAUAAAGGAUCAUGCAGAGUUGCAGAGGUUGAAACAGGAAGGUAUAUUCCAAAAUAAUAUAAUGCAGGUUGCUUACGAGAUCAUGCAGUGAUGCAGUGAUGCAGCAAUUGAAGCAGUUAAGAUUCUUCAAUGACGGCAAUACGCCACAAAUCAGGAUUCUUGGAAGCCGAUAAGGAAAGUCUUUCGGUAAGAUGUAAUUCAGGCAAGUUCAGGAUGAAGUACUGCAGGUUAGUGCCUUUCAGUAUGAGGAAAUGCAGAGGAGUACAGGAUGAGGCACUGCAGGUAAGUUCUCUACAGAAUGAAAUAAUGUAGACAAAAUACAGGCUAUUACCAGGAACAGAGAUUAUUUAUCAGAGAAUAGACUUCAAUGUCAAGGCACUAUUGUGUGCUAGGAGUAGAUUUAUCAAGCCUCCUAAUUAGUUAAUCCAGGUGAGGUUAUUAAGGUGAGUAAAAAAUAGAUGUGCUGUGACAAAGGCGCUUAAACAAUGUCAAUAUUAUAUAAUACACAAUACAAUAAAUAGCAGCUUACACACCAAAAAUAGGAACUCUUCAACCUACUUAUAAUCAAGUGUAUAGAAAAACACACGUUAGUGCAAAUACAUGCAGACAACAGUGCAAAGGUGGAGCGCUUAAAAAUAAAAAUAAAAACACUCACUUACUCCUGCAACUUUCAGGAGGUAAUAAAAAUAUUAGUGAUAGGGUCCUUUAAAUCGCCAUAUCCAACAGGAGACUUCAGAAUGGAGACAAAAAAAGGAAAAAUAGGGAAGCAGAGCUAACCCUAGUGCAGAUAUCCUUAAUACAGUAGGUAAUCAGGUGAACAAAAUAACAAUUUGCUUCUCACCUUGUCAGGAGCCUUUAACUGGGCUCCAAGUAUAUAAGCACAGUGUCAAUUAUAGAGUGACACUUCCCUUCUUGAUAGCAGCAUAAAUAUAUCACUAGACAGCUUGGUAGCAGAAAUAAACAUUUAUUACAACUUCUUUUAAAAACAAAUAAAAUCUGUAUACUCAAGUGUCAGUGGUGUGUCCAAGACGCGUUUCGCCGAUAUAACGUUCGGCUUUAUCAAUUGGUGGACAAAAUGCUGCUAAGCUGAGGUUUAAAUACCCAUUAGUAGGGAACGGAUUGGAGGGAAACUUCCGUGGUCCAUCCAAUCACGGCAUUGGUCCCAGUGUGAAGCCCAGCUGCUUCCGAUAUCGCUAAUGUCGUGACGUCAUUACGCAUGACGUCACGUGCGCGUGACGUCACUUACGGAAGUGGGCUGCAAUCGUGCACAAUUGCAUACAACAUACAGAAAACUAUAGUAGAUUAAAAUAAAACAAUAUAGCGAAUAUAAUGAGGAAGUUUGUUCAUAUCAAUUUAUACAGCCAUUCAUAAUGUUGGCAUCAUUUUGCUUGGUGAAGAGAUAUAUUGUGUCCUCAAUGUGUAGUAUCUUCAAUACUAUUGCGGCCAUCUUGCUUAAGGGCAAAAAUCCAUUCAGUGUCCAAGUUCAAGUCACUAAUUGUCCAAUAUCCCAGAAAUGUCCAUAGAUAUGAAUAGUUCUCCAAAAUUUGAAUCAUGAUAAGGGAAAGAAUAAAAAGAAUGGGUGACAAGGAUUGUAUAUCAUAAUACACAACAGUUAAAAAAUACAUAUUAUAGCAUAAUUAAAAUUGCACACAAUAUGGUCAUCAUGAUGAUUUCACUAAAAGACUGGUGGUUAAAAAUGAUAUAAUAAAAAUAGAGUAUGGUUAAUAUAUAUGUAUUAAUAUUAAAAAAACUCCAAUACAAAAUAUAUAUAAAACUAAAAUGUAAUUAUAAAAAAUGACAAAUUUCGAAAUCAUCAUUUAGUCCAUGUGGUUGCAUUGUGUUUAAAUUAAAAAUCCACUUCAUCUCAGUCUGGCCUAUAUUCCUCAUUAGGUCUCCACCCCUCCAAUUCAUAGAAAUUCUUUGGAUUCCCAUGAAUUCCAUACAGCGAGGGUCACAGUUAUGUUUAUCCUUAAAAUGUUGGGAGACACUAUGUUUCUCGAAACCAUUUUUAAUAUUUCUUAUGUGUUCUUGGAUUCGUGUAUUGAGUGUCCUAAUGGUUCUUCCUACAUAUGUGAGUUUACAUGGGCACAUAAUUUUAUAUAUUACCCUUGUGGAGUGGCAUGUAAUUAAUUGUUUAAUUUUAAAACUCUUAUUGUCGUCUGUAGGAUGAUUAAAUUCCCUAAUUACUCUUUUUGAACUGUGUGUAUUCCUACACGCUCCACACGAGCCACACCCAUAAAACCCAUUAGUCUCAUUAAAAAAGGAUGAUUUAUUAGUAGUCUUACUUGGUGGUAAAUGAUUAUGUACUAGACUACUACUCAAGUUAUUAACACCCCUAUAGGUGAUCACAGGUCUAUCUGGUAACAAAGAGUGGAGAACGGGAUCAUUUUUAAGUAUUGGCCAAUAUUUGUUAAUUAUUUUCCUGAGUUUUUUAUUAUUACAAUUAAAAUCGCAGAUAAAAUUCAAAUUUUGAUGUUGUAUAUCAAUUUCUUUAUCCUUAUAUAUAAGUAAAUCGUUUCUAUUUUUCGUUUCUACCUCCUCAUAGGCUUUCAUCAAAUGUUGUUCAUUAUAUCCCUUUUCCUUAAAAUCAUUAAGUAUUUUAAUGGAUUGUUCCUGGAAUUUAGUCUUAUCCGUGCAAUUACGCUUAAUUCUUAGUAGUUGUGCUUUAGGAGCGUUCAACAGCCAAGGGGAGAAGUGACAACUCUUCUCCCUUAUAUAGCUGUUGACGUCAACCUUUUUGAAAAAAGUGCAGGAUUUCAGUAUAUUGUCCUCCACAUAUAUAUUAAGGUCCAAAAAUUCGACCGAAGUUUUGCUGUAGUGACUGGUAAGUAUAAUGCCACGAUCAUUAGUAUUUAAAUGGGUCAAAAAGGAAUUAAGGGAUGCCUCAUCACCCUUCCAAAUAAAAAAUAUGUCAUCUAUGUAACGACGAUAGGUAACGAGAUUUGCAUCCCAUCUAUGGUUAUCAUAGAUGAACUCCUGUUCCCAAUGUGACAUGAACAGGUUUGCAUAGCUGGGAGCAAAUCUCGUACCCAUCGCCGUUCCACAUAUUUGCAAAUAAAAUUGGUCUCCAAACCAAAAAUAGUUGUUCAUCAGGAUCCACUCGAUCCCUUCGAUAAUGAAAUCAACCUGUUUGUUAGAAAAUUUAUCGGAAUGUUCUAAAAAAUGUCUGGUUGCUCUACAUCCCUGGGUAUGGGAGAUGAUCGUAUACAGGGAGCUCACAUCUGAUGUUACAAGAUAAUAGUCUGGACUCCAGGUGACCUGUUGAAUAAUCUGUAGGAUGUUAAUGGUGUCUUUAAGAUAACUAGGGCAGGUGUUGACUAUCAAUUGUAAACAUUUAUCAAUAUAUUGUGACAACCUGCUUGAGAUGGAACCUAUCCCCGACACUAUAGGCCUGCCAGGUGGUUUAUCUUUAUUUUUGUGGAUCUUGGGGAGGUAAUAGAAAACUGGGAUCAUGGGAUGUUGUAUAUUCAGAAAUUUAUGUUCCCUAGAAUUUAAAACUUCAUUCAUUUUACCUCUCUCGAUUAGUUCCCAAUAUGUAUUUCUAAUCCCAUUGGUGGGAUCCUUCUCAAGGAUUCUAUAGGUAUGUUGGUCACUUAGUAAUCUACCAAUUUCCUGUUUAUAGUCAUCCACAUCCAAAAUGACUAUCCCCCCACCCUUAUCUGCUGGUUUAAUCACAAUUGUUACAUCUUCUUUUAAUUGUUUGAGAGCUUGUCUUUCCUUAAAAUUUAAAUUAUACACAUUUGGCUUAGGUUUCUUUAUUUUACUCACAUCAUUCAUCACCAUUUUUUCAAAGGUCGUCAUUUCACCAGAGAUGCAACACCUUGGAAAAAAGGUUGAUUUUUCUUUUAAGUCAGUAUGUAUAGUCAUGGGAGCGGAUGGGAUUUCUUGGGUGGCAUUAAUUGGGUUCUUUAGAAAGAAUUUUUUUUUUUUUUUUUUUUGCAAUUCUUUAUUUUUGUUGUGCAUGUUAUACAUAGCAAUGACAUACGCCCCAACAGCGUGUGUAAGAAUGUACUUAGGGUGAACAGUGGCAAGAGGAGUUGCACAUUUUUGUAUAAGCAUAAUAAACAUCAGCUUGGCUAAACAGUGAAGACGUUAAAUUGAGAAUGAAAAAGUAGCUUAUCAUAACAGUUAUAACUGAAUAUAUCCUCGCUAAAGUUGCUGUGAAUACCAUGCGAUAACAGAUAAACUGAUUGAUAUAGGCUGGGUCUAGCUGUUAUACAUGGGUGAGUCACAUAUAGGUAGAAGUCAUUAAAAUUAAGAUGAAAAGGUAGCUUAUCGUAACAGUGAAAUUGUGCCUAGUUACAAUUAUGAAGGUCUUAGGCACAUAUGAACAGUAUACCCAUUAGAGUGCUUAGCUGACAGUGCAAUUCAUAUAGGCAUUAUAGUAUAAAGAUUCCUCCAAUGGGAAGUUAUCAUGCUAAGCUGCCAGGCUGCUGAGUACUACCGGCUAUAAGGGUACAGCUGUUUCCCUAGGGGAGUCAGCAUGUCUGCAGGAGUGUAGGUAUAUUAGAUACUUUUACUCCAUUCUGUUUACUUGCACUCAUUAUUAGCCUCAGAUAUCCAACUGGUUAUGCCUAUCGUGCAUUAGAUUAAGUGAACUGAUAAGGCUACGGUCGAGCAAAACUAAUAAGCAAAGACAACUUCAGUUAUUGCAAACAAACAUCAUUGCAAGUUAUUGGAAGAGUUCUCACUGGGUGUUCUCUGGCAAGAGCCCGGGAUUGGGUAUCCUGUGUUGGCAGUCCAGAGUGUGUGAAUGCUGCAUCCUCUUGUAGGGUGACGAGAGUCCCACAACGGUGAGUCGGAGUCCACAGAACGUGACGCAGGUCCUGUUGUCCGGUGUGGGGCUGCGUUACUGUGCUAGUCAGCGGUCAGCCAAUUCCCACUCUUAGGCCCUGUGUGUGACUUGCUGGUCUAUUAGGCUCCGCUUGGUGGGCGUAUGUAUAGACAUCCAAGGUAGCCCCUUUGCGGCUCCUGUGUGAGGUGUUUCUCUGCUCUCUGUCCCGCUGCCUCAGCCGGGUCACAUUCCCAAGUGCUGUGUGAGUUUUACUGUGCAAGGGGUUUCUGUUCCACCGUGCCCGAGGUGCAGGUUGUUCUACAGCCAAGCAGUCAUGGGUGCUCCGUCGCCGCACUGUGUCAGAGCGGGUCCGCUGGUACACCGCUUGUCGGUGGGCUUUCCGUGUGCCGGGUCGGCUGCUUGUGGAUUUCUUUGGUCGAGGAGACGUUGCUGCCUUCAGACUAAUCGUCUCGACAGGUACGGGUGGUCGGUGGUAUAUGCGCCGCCAGAACCGGUCACACAGAGCAUCAAAGCGCGCCUCAAAGCUCUCUCUCCAUUGCGGCUCAGCGGUACAACUCUGGUGUUGCUGAGGAUGAGGAGUGGCGGCCAUGUUUUGCAUGCCACGCGGUUGUUGUUUCUGCAGGGUGCCUCGUUGUGUGGAAGAGGUGAGUUUCCCCAGCGGGGACCGGGAUGACCCCCACCGGUCCAUAGGGGGGGGUUGCAGGGCAGCUGACAGGCCAUUGAUCAGAGCAGGCCCUAUGCUGAGGGAGCGGCCGCCUCCCCCCGUCUUCAGGCUGCUAGUCACGCUAGGCCGCAUGUUCGGACAGCGGAUUUCCUUGGUCUAGAGGAGUAUACAGGACACCCACGAGUGCCCACACGUUGCAGGGACAAUCCACCAUCUACUCCACUCUGAAUUUCAGGCGACUUAAGUGGUAAAGGCUUCGGUUAAACUCAGUUGCUCAGGAGCAGUUAACAAACACGUCUGGCCAUCUUAGCUGUCAGGCCCCGCCCCUAGAAAGAAUUUUUUAAGACAGAGUUUCCUCUUAAAUCUGUUAAGAUCUAGAUACACGCUAAAUUUGUCGAUUGGUUUUGUAGGGGCAAAUUUAAGUCCUUUCAUCAAUAAUUCCCUUUGUGAUGUUGUUAACUCUCGUUUAGAGAGGUUGAAAAUCCCAUUCUUUUUUGGGGUAUUUCUCUCUUUUCCUUUUUGUAUCCGUAUGCCUCCUCUACUUCCCCUUCCUCUAAACUUCUUCUCCGCUUCCCUGGUGAUGCCUGAUAUGUAGAGGUUUCUUUGUAACGUCCCCUCAUGUGUCUGGGCCAAAAAUCCUCAUCAUUUUGAGGAAUAGUUAAAGGUUGAAAUCUAUUAUGAUUGGGAUGUGUGGUCUCAUGGUAUGUAUUAAUGCGUGAUCUAUUUUCAUGGGGCUUAAUUGGCAGUGUAUUGGGUCCAGAUGUUCUAUCCUGAUGCCUUUUUGGUGAUGGUACUCUCUUUCUUCUCAAUACUGUUUCCCAAUCAUCCCUAAUCUUUCCUGAUGAUCUAGAUCUGUGGACUAUUUCAUGUGGUAACUUAGUUCUGGAUCUAUUUCUAGAUCUUCUGUUAUGUGGAGAAUUAUGCGUUAAUGGUUGAUCUCUCUUUUUGUAAUGAUUAUUUCUGGAUGGAUGUUGUGUAUUCCACCAUGUGUUAUUGGUAGAUCUUUCUUGUGUUUUAGUAUAUGAUCUUACUUGAUCCCUCGCAUAAUCUUCCUUGUCCCUUAGAUAUUUUCUCUUUUUAAUUUCUAUUAUAUUCCUCUCUAAUUUCUCCAAGUUUAUCUGCAUUGUUUCUAAUAAUUCUGAAUAAUGUUCUGGUGUCAUAUUCUCAACCAGGAAAUUCUUAAUUUCAUUAAUUUCACCAUCUAAUUUCUUUAAAAAAUUAGUACGUCUCCUAAUAAUCAAAUUCAUCAUUCCAAACGAGAAACUUUCCAAAAGAUCAGUCCAUUCUUGUAAAAAAUCUUCCUCCUCCUGAUCAAAGGAGGGACUUUUGGAAAAUCUCAGGCCUCUUGGGGUUAUUUUUUCUCUAUUAUAUUUACUCAAUGUAGCAAUUUCCCAUCGGAUCUUUAUUUCUUUACCCCAAAGUUUUUCUAAUUUGUAGCGGGAAUUGCGUACUUUGAUUUUUAAAUCAUAUUCAUUAUUGUCCCUUACAAUCGUGGGGUUACUGAAUAAAGAAUCUAUAUCUUGUCCAUAUCUGGACCUCUUAUCAAACAAGAUAUAGAUUCUUUAUUCAGUAACCCCACGAUUGUAAGGGACAAUAAUGAAUAUGAUUUAAAAAUCAAAGUACGCAAUUCCCGCUACAAAUUAGAAAAACUUUUGGGUAAAGAAAUAAAGAUCCGAUGGGAAAUUGCUACAUUGAGUAAAUAUAAUAGAGAAAAAAUAACCCCAAGAGGCCUGAGAUUUUCCAAAAGUCCCUCCUUUGAUCAGGAGGAGGAAGAUUUUUUACAAGAAUGGACUGAUCUUUUGGAAAGUUUCUCGUUUGGAAUGAUGAAUUUGAUUAUUAGGAGACGUACUAAUUUUUUAAAGAAAUUAGAUGGUGAAAUUAAUGAAAUUAAGAAUUUCCUGAAUUAUUAGAAACAAUGCAGAUAAACUUGGAGAAAUUAGAGAGAAAUAUAAUAGAAAUUAAAAAGAGAAAAUAUCUAAGGGACAAGGAAGAUUAUGCGAGGGAUCAAGUAAGAUCAUAUACUAAAACACAAGAAAGAUCUACCAAUAACACAUGGUGGAAUACACAACAUCCAUCCAGAAAUAAUCAUUACAAAAAGAGAGAUCAACCAUUAACGCAUAAUUCUCCACAUAACAGAAGAUCUAGAAAUAGAUCCAGAACUAAGUUACCACAUGAAAUAGUCCACAGAUCUAGAUCAUCAGGAAAGAUUAGGGAUGAUUGGGAAACAGUAGUGAGAAGAAAGAGAGUACCAUCACCAAAAAGGCAUCAGGAUAGAACAUCUGGACCCAAUACACUGCCAAUUAAGCCCCAUGAAAAUAGAUCACGCAUUAAUACAUACCAUGAGACCACACAUCCCAAUCAUAAUAGAUUUCAACCUUUAACUAUUCCUCAAAAUGAUGAGGAUUUUUGGCCCAGACACAUGAGGGGACGUUACAAAGAAACCUCUACAUAUCAGGCAUCACCAGGGAAGCGGAGAAGAAGUUUAGAGGAAGGGGAAGUAGAGGAGGCAUACGGAUACAAAAAGGAAAAGAGAGAAAUACCCCAAAAAAGAAUGGGAUUUUCAACCUCUCUAAACGAGAGUUAACAACAUCACAAAGGGAAUUAUUGAUGAAAGGACUUAAAUUUGCCCCUACAAAACCAAUCGACAAAUUUAGCGUGUAUCUAGAUCUUAACAGAUUUAAGAGGAAACUCUGUCUUAAAAAAUUCUUUCUAAAGAACCCAAUUAAUGCCACCCAAGAAAUCCCAUCCGCUCCCAUGACUAUACAUACUGACUUAAAAGAAAAAUCAACCUUUUUUCCAAGGUGUUGCAUCUCUGGUGAAAUGACGACCUUUGAAAAAAUGGUGAUGAAUGAUGUGAGUAAAAUAAAGAAACCUAAGCCAAAUGUGUAUAAUUUAAAUUUUAAGGAAAGACAAGCUCUCAAACAAUUAAAAGAAGAUGUAACAAUUGUGAUUAAACCAGCAGAUAAGGGUGGGGGGAUAGUCAUUUUGGAUGUGGAUGACUAUAAACAGGAAAUUGGUAGAUUACUAAGUGACCAACAUACCUAUAGAAUCCUUGAGAAGGAUCCCACCAAUGGGAUUAGAAAUACAUAUUGGGAACUAAUCGAGAGAGGUAAAAUGAAUGAAGUUUUAAAUUCUAGGGAACAUAAAUUUCUGAAUAUACAACAUCCCAUGAUCCCAGUUUUCUAUUACCUCCCCAAGAUCCACAAAAAUAAAGAUAAACCACCUGGCAGGCCUAUAGUGUCGGGGAUAGGUUCCAUCUCAAGCAGGUUGUCACAAUAUAUUGAUAAAUGUUUACAAUUGAUAGUCAACACCUGCCCUAGUUAUCUUAAAGACACCAUUAACAUCCUACAGAUUAUUCAACAGGUCACCUGGAGUCCAGACUAUUAUCUUGUAACAUCAGAUGUGAGCUCCCUGUAUACGAUCAUCUCCCAUACCCAGGGAUGUAGAGCAACCAGACAUUUUUUAGAACAUUCCGAUAAAUUUUCUAACAAACAGGUUGAUUUCAUUAUCGAAGGGAUCGAGUGGAUCCUGAUGAACAACUAUUUUUGGUUUGGAGACCAAUUUUAUUUGCAAAUAUGUGGAACGGCGAUGGGUACGAGAUUUGCUCCCAGCUAUGCAAACCUGUUCAUGUCACAUUGGGAACAGGAGUUCAUCUAUGAUAACCAUAGAUGGGAUGCAAAUCUCGUUACCUAUCGUCGUUACAUAGAUGACAUAUUUUUUAUUUGGAAGGGUGAUGAGGCAUCCCUUAAUUCCUUUUUGACCCAUUUAAAUACUAAUGAUCGUGGCAUUAUACUUACCAGUCACUACAGCAAAACUUCGGUCGAAUUUUUGGACCUUAAUAUAUAUGUGGAGGACAAUAUACUGAAAUCCUGCACUUUUUUCAAAAAGGUUGACGUCAACAGCUAUAUAAGGGAGAAGAGUUGUCACUUCUCCCCUUGGCUGUUGAACGCUCCUAAAGCACAACUACUAAGAAUUAAGCGUAAUUGCACGGAUAAGACUAAAUUCCAGGAACAAUCCAUUAAAAUACUUAAUGAUUUUAAGGAAAAGGGAUAUAAUGAACAACAUUUGAUGAAAGCCUAUGAGGAGGUAGAAACGAAAAAUAGAAACGAUUUACUUAUAUAUAAGGAUAAAGAAAUUGAUAUACAACAUCAAAAUUUGAAUUUUAUCUGCGAUUUUAAUUGUAAUAAUAAAAAACUCAGGAAAAUAAUUAACAAAUAUUGGCCAAUACUUAAAAAUGAUCCCGUUCUCCACUCUUUGUUACCAGAUAGACCUGUGAUCACCUAUAGGGGUGUUAAUAACUUGAGUAGUAGUCUAGUACAUAAUCAUUUACCACCAAGUAAGACUACUAAUAAAUCAUCCUUUUUUAAUGAGACUAAUGGGUUUUAUGGGUGUGGCUCGUGUGGAGCGUGUAGGAAUACACACAGUUCAAAAAGAGUAAUUAGGGAAUUUAAUCAUCCUACAGACGACAAUAAGAGUUUUAAAAUUAAACAAUUAAUUACAUGCCACUCCACAAGGGUAAUAUAUAAAAUUAUGUGCCCAUGUAAACUCACAUAUGUAGGAAGAACCAUUAGGACACUCAAUACACGAAUCCAAGAACACAUAAGAAAUAUUAAAAACGGUUUCGAGAAACAUAGUGUCUCCCAACAUUUUAAGGAUAAACAUAACUGUGACCCUCGCUGUAUGGAAUUCAUGGGAAUCCAAAGAAUUUCUAUGAAUUGGAGGGGUGGAGACCUAAUGAGGAAUAUAGGCCAGACUGAGAUGAAGUGGAUUUUUAAUUUAAACACAAUGCAACCAUAUGGACUAAAUGAUGAUUUCGAAAUUUGUCAUUUUUUAUAAUUACAUUUUAGUUUUAUAUAUAUUUUGUAUUGGAGUUUUUUUAAUAUUAAUACAUAUAUAUUAACCAUACUCUAUUUUUAUUAUAUCAUUUUUAACCACCAGUCUUUUAGUGAAAUCAUCAUGAUGACCAUAUUGUGUGCAAUUUUAAUUAUGCUAUAAUAUGUAUUUUUUAACAGUUGUGUAUUAUGAUAUACAAUCCUUGUCACCCAUUCUUUUUAUUCUUUCCCUUAUCAUGAUUCAAAUUUUGGAGAACUAUUCAUAUCUAUGGACAUUUCUGGGAUAUUGGACAAUUAGUGACUUGAACUUGGACACUGAAUGGAUUUUUGCCCUUAAGCAAGAUGGCCGCAAUAGUAUUGAAGAUACUACACAUUGAGGACACAAUAUAUCUCUUCACCAAGCAAAAUGAUGCCAACAUUAUGAAUGGCUGUAUAAAUUGAUAUGAACAAACUUCCUCAUUAUAUUCGCUAUAUUGUUUUAUUUUAAUCUACUAUAGUUUUCUGUAUGUUGUAUGCAAUUGUGCACGAUUGCAGCCCACUUCCGUAAGUGACGUCACGCGCACGUGACGUCAUGCGUGAUGACGUCACGACAUUAGCGAUAUCGGAAGCAGCUGGGCUUCACACUGGGACCAAUGCCGUGAUUGGAUGGACCACGGAAGUUUCCCUCCAAUCAGUUCCCUACUAAUGGGUAUUUAAACCUCAGCUUAGCAGCAUUUUGUCCACCAAUUGAUAAAGCCGAACGUUAUAUCGGCGAAACGCGUCUUGGACACACCACUGACACUUGAGUAUACAGAUUUUAUUUGUUUUUAAAAGAAGUUGUAAUAAAUGUUUAUUUCUGCUACCAAGCUGUCUAGUGAUAUAUUUAUGCUGCUAUCAAGAAGGGAAGUGUCACUCUAUAAUUGACACUGUGCUUGUAUACUUGGAGCCCAGUUAAAGGCUCCUGACAAGGUGAGAAGCAAAUUGUUAUUUUGUUCACCUGAUUACCUACUGUAUUAAGGAUAUCUGCACUAGGGUUAGCUCUGCUUCCCUAUUUUUCCUUUUUUUGUCUCCAUUCUGAAGUCUCCUGUUGGAUAUGGCGAUUUAAAGGACCCUAUCACUAAUAUUUUUAUUACCUCCUGAAAGUUGCAGGAGUAAGUGAGUGUUUUUAUUUUUAUUUUUAAGCGCUCCACCUUUGCACUGUUGUCUGCAUGUAUUUGCACUAACGUGUGUUUUUCUAUACACUUUAUUAAGGUGAGUGAAUAGAUUAGUGGCUAGGGAGGCCACUAGAGGAGAAAAUCAUGAAGUUCACUUAAAGGGCCAGUAAUAAACGAAAAAGUCUUACAUGUCAGUUUUGAAACCUCUGAAUUUAAAUACAUAAAGGGAAUUGUAGCGGAGUAGCAAGGGUUAAUGCAUGAUCUCUCCACUAGCAGUCAGGAUUCAACAUACAAAAGUCAAGAAGCGCGGUAUAAUCGCCUUUCCCAAUGACUAGACGACACAUAGUCUGGGAGUCAACUCAGGGCUUUAAUGAAAAGUCACCAAAUUUAUAUGGUUCCCCAUGCAAGGGGUUUCCUAACUGUUACAGCAGGUGUUUUAAUCAGGUGGACUGUGUGGGAAACUGACCAUGCAUCCCCUACUGUACAAGAACAAGGAUGACAUCAUAAGGCACAUAAUUACAUUAACAGUGGAUGCAGAAAAAUUUAGUAUUUUACAUUAAAAUCUAUAACUUAAGCAAGUUCUAACAGAUUUUCACGAAUGACCCCUCAUUGGAUUGCAGGGAUCUAAAUGUACAAUCUCACGAAUUACGCCACGCAUAAAACAGUUUUUAGUGAACCAGGUCUGGAAAGGGGGGACUCGCAAAAUGCUUUAAUUCACCGAAAAAGGGAGUUUCCCGAACGUCUUUGAAGUCCAUUCGGUGUUUGGAAAUCAAGUAGCCGAAUUCAGUUCCAGACACUCGACGACCAAACACCGCUGAACUUUUAGCGAACAAAGAUGGCCACUGUCACAUGUUCAGUACACGAAUGGCGGUCACACACACAGAAUCUAUUAACAGCUUGAAACAAUGUUGCAACGGCUUUGUGAUACACCUCCAGAUCGGGGAGACCCAGGCCUCCUCUCUGUUUACUUUUGAUUAGGCAGUCGUAUUGGAGCCUGGGGGUUUUCCCGCUCCAUAUCAAUGCGGUAAAUGUCCGUUUGGCUUGUGUGAAGAAGGAGAAAGGGACUUUUAUGGGGAAGGUUUGCAACAGGUAUAGGAGUUUGGGGAGUACAAUCAUUUUUAGAAUGUGGAUUCUGCAGAGCCAUCCAAAUUGUGGUCUGUUCCAUGCCUUGAGGUCAGCUGCUAUCAUAGCCAGGAGGGGAGGGAAGUUGAAGUCAUAGGUACGGUCUAGAGAGGUGGUUAGUUGGACUCCCAGGUAAUUGACUGAUUGUGAGGGCCACUGGAAUGGGUAGGUUUUGUGUAGUACAGAUAGGGUAUUGUGGGAUAGGUUGAGGGGGAGUAUUUUGUUCUUGCUUACAUUGAUUUUAUAGUUAGAGACUUGGUGGUAUAUAUCAAUUUCUUGCAGGAGGCGGGUCAGUGAUGUCUCUGGGUUUGAGAUUGUGAAUAGGAGAUCAUCAGCAAACACUGUGACUUUAUAUUCAUUUUGUGCAACUUUAAGGCCCGUUAUAUCCGGGCAGUCCCUAAUUCCCUGCAAGAAUGGUUCCAUUGUGAGAAUAUAUAACAAGGGAGAAAAGGGACACCCUUGUCUUGUGCCAUUGGCUAUUUGAAACACGUCCGAAAGUUGGCCAUUUACUCUUGCACCUGGUUUGGAGUAUAUGGCUGAGAGCCACUUUCUCCAGUUUGGGCUGAAGCCUAGCAUUUGCAGUGUCAAUUUGAGCAUGGACCAGUCCACCAGUCCACCUCGGCAUCGAUGGUGAGUAUGAGGCUUUGGGACUGUUCCGACCUGGCAGUGUGAAUGAGGCUGAGCAAUUUUGUCAUGUUGUUUUUUGCUUCGCAUCCAGGCACGAAACCGGAUUGAUCUGGGUGGACCAGUCCCCUAAGUAGUGGUUGGAGACGUUCGGCUAGGAUCUUGUGAAUAUUUUGAGAUCUGCAUUAAUCAGAGAAAUGGGGUGAUAGCUCCCACAUUCCUCAGGGUCUUUCCCCAGUUUGUGUAUGAGGGUUAUGAGAGCCUCUAGGGAUUCGGUUGGGAGAGAGUGGCCCAUUAUGAGCGCAUUAAAUUAUUCUACGAAUGGUGUUUUUAGGAUAUUGGUGAAAGUUUUAUAAUAUUUGGCUGUGAAGCCAUCCAGUCCAGGGCUUUUCCCCAGGGAGAGUUGCUUGACUACUGCGGUGAAUUCCUCAGGUGUCAUGGGACUGUCAAAUGUUUGUCUAAUAUUCGAGGGGAUGGUGUGGGUGAUCCUUGUGCAAAGGAAUUUGGUCACGUCCUCGCUGGAGGGCGGGGAUUGUCUCAGGUUGUAUAUGUCUAAGUAGUAGGUGUGGAAUUCCCUGAGUAUGUUAUGCCGUGUGUCUGUUUGAUUGUGGUAAUGUAUGUCCGUUGAUUGUUUUGUUGGAGGGCUCUCGCUAGCAUUUUGCCACAUUUCCCUUCUUGUGUGUAGUAUGUGUGUUUAGUGCAGUGAGCACUAUUGGUUGUCUCUUCUUCCUUCCGAGAAUUGAUUAUCCCUGACAGAGAGAUAUCCCACCAUAUAUAUCCCAUAAGCGGGGAUUAUACCGCUGUGUGCGCCUUAUCUCAGAGCUGGACAAAAGCUCUUGUAAAUGUGAGUUUUCCAUCAUUAUCUCUCAUUACGUCUUAAUUUGGAUUUGAUAUACUGCACCAUUGGUUGUCCGUCUUUUUUCUCUUUCAUAUAAUAUGAUCCACCAUUGUAUUUGAAGAACCAACUAUCUUACCAGCCUUCCAUAAAAACUAUCCAUAAGGACUCAUAAUUUGAACUUUUUAUAUUGGUUUUUAUUUAACUUUUUUUUUAUUUUUUAUUCAGAUUUUACGUGGCACAGCCUUUUAUUUAUUGUUACUUUUAUUUAUCUUGUUUUAAGGGUAUCUAGAGGGAUUCCCCUUUAAGGGUUGCUGCCUUGAGUUGUUUAGCGCUGUCUCAUCCACUUACCACUAUCAUCAUCCAAGAUAGGUCUGGGUAUAUCUGCACUGGUCUCCAAUGGUACAGGAGUGGUUGGGAUGUCUGGCGGAGGCUCCUAAGGAUGUCCUCUUUAAUGCUGUCUGCAGAUUACAACCCAGGGUUCCUGGGUUUGAGUGCCCUAUGCGCUCUAUCUAGCAGAAUGGGCAUUGUUACAUCUCGUUGGAGGAUUAACUUAAAAAGCUCUUGCAGUAGGUUUUCCCCCUCUGCCUCAGGUAAGCCCUUAAUCCUUAAAUUAUUCCGGCGUCCCCUGUUGUCCAAGUCGUCAAGUGCCUUAUACAUAUCUGCCAUUUGUGUGUUGUGAGCUGCUACAGUGCUUUGCAAAGCUUGUAGUUGUGUGCAUGUGCAGUCAUGAUCAUUUUCUAGGGAAUUAACCCUUUCACUGACCUGCCUGACUUCCGUGGAGAUGUCAUCCAUUUUCUUUUGAAAGGUCACUUCAAGUUUCUGUAGCAUUGCUGCCAAAUCUUGUUUGGAAGGGAGAUUUCUGAGUAUUUCUUUUAAGUCAUUGUCCCUGUCAGCUUCAGAAGUGAGUGACAUGCUGUCCGAUGCCGCCGGGUUGGAGGGUGCUGAGGAUUGCUCUGCCGGGUCGUCCGGCACCAUAUUGGAGCCUGAGGCCUUGUUUCGCCGGUCGUCCUGAUCCUUAAAGUAUUUUGUUAGGUUGCCCGAUUUUGCUGUGGAUUGCUUGCCCGCCGUGUUGGAGGCUGUCGAGGGGUGUUUGGGGUGUCCCAUGAUGCUGUAGGUGCCUGAUGGCUCCAGAUUGCCUAAUCAAAAGGUGCCUGUCUCUCUCACAUAGCUCUGUUAGCAAGCGUCCAUUUGCGGUUAGCUCCCGUCGUGGUUUUAUCCUGAUGGUAAUUCGAGAGUGCGUUCCUGAUCUUGAUUUUCUGGUAUUUGACUUUGGCUUCGUUUUGACUUCCCUGAAUUCUGGUAUCCUUGACUUUUGGCUUUUCCUCAUCGUUGUGUCUGAUUCUGUGUUCCUGAACUCGGCAAGUAUUUUUACUAUCCUUGGAUACGUUAAGCCCGGCCAUUCUAAGGUCCGGUUAUAUGUUAUCCUUAGUUCUAAGUGUGACACAGUUCUGCGUGCUGGAUCAACUUGUAAUCCUGUGUAAAAUCUGUUUGGAAUCGGUCGUCACUAAUAAAUCUUUUUAAUUUCUUCUUGUCUUCAGUUGAUUGAUAUAUAUACGUAUUUUGCAUAUAUAGUCUUGGGCCAAAUGCUCGCCACAAUAAUAUAUGCCUAUAUUAUUGAAAAGUACUAAUACGCAAUCUGACUUACGGUUUCUUCGGGUUUAUUCUUAGUUACGGAUACAUAAUAAAACAACAAAUGAUGUUACAGGAUAAUGGACAUUCAACAGCAGAUGGACUUCUUUACAUCCUUACAUCUUUACAUCGAGAGAGAGGGCCAGAGAGAGCCCAGAGCCAAGAGCCAAGAGCCAAGAGAGAGAGCGACCUCGUGUCCCUCUGUUACUAUAUAGAUGUGCCCAUACUAACGUCAGCGUUUAACUCUAGCCAUAUAAGGAAAAAAAAACCAAAUCCACAUUCCAGAGCUCUCAGACAAAGAAAGUCUGGUGACCUAUUGAUACCAUCUGUUACUUAUGUCAAUCCACACAUCCAUAUAUAUAAUCAAUAGAAACACAGAAUAUGCAAUAUUCUACAUUCUGACAUAUGUGUCAUCUGGUUACUGGGAGGGGAAAGGGCUAAUCACUGAUCCAGUGUGGAGGAUUCAACACGGGAAAAUCCUUGUAAGGACCCCAGUCAAGCCAUGGCAACUGGGGGGCAGAAACGCUGCAGUUCGUCCCCUGCGUCCUUUGCAGGAAGUGGUCCUUUAGCGGAGGUACGCAGUCAGGGUGUUAUGGACAGAUGAAUUAGAAUAAAAUGGCUAUUUACUAAUGUCUAUUUAUUCUCUGUUCACUAUGUUAAAACUGGCUGCUAGAGUAAAUAUUCCCUUCCCCCCCUACAAUGUGUUCAGUUGCUGUUUCCUCUGUAAAUUCCUCUGUAUCCUGCUAAGCAUCCCCCUUCCCAUCAAGCAAACCUUGUGUAACCAAAAUUCCUGUGUUAACAGCUUCCUUUACUAACUCCUCCCCCACUUCCUUUAUGCCAGUUAACAGCUAUAUGCCACGUGUAACAAAAUGGAGAAUCACUGUUAAAGUAACUGAAAGAAACUACUCACUCCCCCUGUCAUCGUGUAUCCAGGAGCUGGAAUAUAGUCGGGAGAAGUCUGUAAUGACGACACUACAUCAUGUAGGGGGGGUUUAGAAAAGAGCCCUAGACUGUUAACCAAUUGUUGAAUGUAUACUGUAUGUUUAAACUGUGACGUAUUUUUGCUUUAAGAAGGAGCCCCCACUCCGGGGAAUAAAGCAUUCCUUGGUUUUUCACUGAUCAGAAACUUUGUCUCUGGUGUGAAUUACUUCUAGGGAAAGCGUGCACGCAUUAAUCAAUCAAUUUGGAAGGUGUAGAUAGACAAAUUAUCAAAGUUUUCUUUGAUCCAAAUCAGUUGGCGCAAUUUCGAACAGGGACAAAGGGUUAUGUUACUAAGGAAGCGUAAAAUCCCAGGACCGGAGAGGAGACCCCCAGAGAUUGGAAAAAAGAGCCUGAUCACCUCUGCAUAUGGUAAAUGAGUAACUUACCUAUAUUUUCCCGUCUUUGGAAUUGGUCUGCACUCCGUUCCUUCACUCGGCUUCCUGUGGUUAACGUCUUCAGAUAGGUAAUAUAUAUAUGCCCGAAUGUCCCCUUUUAUAUAGAACCUGUCACUUGUCUAUCUACAGCCUGAGUCCUGAGUGUGAGUUUUAUGUGUGAAAGUGUCUGUUUGAGAAUCUGUUUUACUUUCUUUUGAUUAUUGAGGUCGGGUUCAUAGAAAACACCUGGCGAUUGAAUUCAGGGUGCAAAAACCUGGAGAUUUAGGCCGGAUUAUAUUAAUAUUUUAAUAUUAAAUCUUGGCGUUUCUUUUGUUGUUUUUCUUUUAAGUUCAGGGUGCAAAAAAAAAAUUCAGGCCGGAUUAUUUUAAUAUUUUAUAUAAAUUUGUGGGAAAUACAAAAACAAAUAAUUGGUUUUAGUUUGUUGAAAUAAUAAAAACAACGAACAAAGAGUUAAGUUGUUGUAUGUGUGUUUGCGUGUUUCUAUGUAUGUGACCUGAGUUAUUAUAAGCCGGCAUUUAUUUUAAGAACUUUGUGAUUUAAUUACAUCUGUAUUUUGUGCUUUUGUCUGUGUAUGUCUUGUUGGGUACCAUAUAUGUUAAUUGUAAUCUAUACAAUCUGUAUCGUUACUCUCCUAUUCUAUCUUUUGUCCUAAGGAGAGCUGUGCUUAGGCAAUCACAUGGUUAAAAAACUUUGUGCUUGCAAGUCUUCUCCCCCCCCCCUCCUUCUUGGUUGCUUUCUCUUGCUCUGACUGCUAUGAGUAUUGGCUACAGGGGGGGAUGAGGAAUGUAAGGGAAAUCUUCCAGCUGCUGGCCAUUAACUGGCCAUUAGCUGUUAAAAAAAAAAAAAAGAUCAGAAAUGUUAUGAAACUAGUCUGUACUUACAAUGCAUUGAUUUGUAAACGAGAUGCAGGUCAAGAAAAUUUAGAAUCAGCAGAUAAAGAAAUAAAUUUGAAUAUGUUAACAGAAGACAAAUCAGAUUUAAAUGACCAGUGUAACAAAGUAACAGAGAGCACACACUGUAAUUGUGAGAGAUUGUCAGAAAAAGUCUGUGAAUUAGAGGAUAGAGUUGAAUUAAGAAAUGAUUUUUUUUGCCAGCUUACAAAUGAAGUUAAGCACGUGUGUGUUAAUACAAGAAAAAUGCAGACACUGAAAUGUUGGAAAAACUAAAACCACACAAGGGGGAGGAUAUAUUUAGUUUUCUUGUAAAAUUUGAAAGUGCAUAUAGACUUGUUGCUGAUUUUUCUGAAGAUCAGUUAAUUAAUGAAUUUGUGAAAAAAUUUCAAGAUCUAGAUCCAACUCCAAUUGUGUUAGCUAGAGAAAAAAGCACUUUGACAGAAGUAGCUUUGUACUUGGAUAACUUAAGGAGAUAAACCAAUAAUGAAGGGGUUAAAACGACUUGUGGAUUCAGGCAGAGAAAGAAGUGCAGAUUUUACACCCCUCGUCCCCCUCCUCCUCCUUCUUCUAGGACUCAGUGUAAAAGAGUGAUACAGACAGCUGAGCCCCUCCCAAUUUAUUCAACUAAAAACUGUAGAGUUGAUAAUAAAAGGCAGAAUAUAACUCUUAAAGUUAUUUGUUUUUGGUGCAAUAAACAACAUUAUCUUAGAUCUUGCAGAUAUUUUAUCUGAGAUAUCAAAUCAAAAGCAAAUGAGAAAUUAAAUUUGUUGAUUGAAAAUUUUGACAGAGAAAAUACAUGUGGAGAUAAAUCAAUUAAAGCCUUUCCUUGUAAACUGAUAAUCAGACAAAUAAAAGCAAUUUUAGCUAAAUCGAAAUUAGGAGACAGACAAGCAAUGCAGUGUAACACAGAAAGUUAUAAUAAUCAGAGAACUUCAAUAGAUAUGAUCAGUUUAGGGAAUGAGCGUGGAUAUGUGCGCCAACAGAUGUACACAGGCUGAUUCCAGAAUUAAGGACAGCACAAGAAUAGAGAUCUAUGUUAGUUUGUUGUUUUAAAUGAAUUGUUAGUCUGUACUGUCUUUCAUUGUUUUUAUGUGUGUUAUAAGAAAGUAUUAGGUUAAUUAAUUAAAAUAAAAAUUUACAUCAAGUUUGCAAAUAUGGCAGAAUGAAAUACACUAAUGUAGCAGUUAGGAGACAUGCAAUCUAUGAUAUAUUGGGUGUAUGCUAUUAUACAGUAACUCCAAUCAUUUUACAGAAGAAAAAACAAUAGAUUUAUUCUUUGUUGCUUCUGAGGUUGAUUUAAAAUCUUUGAUUUAAUUCAUGAGAAUUAGAUAUUAAUAUCAUGACUGAUAAUGGAUUACUGUAUAUUGCAACGCCUGGACAUACACAUGUUUUGGAUAUACUGAAGACAAAAGGAAUAAUAUAUGGGAAUGGAUAAGGCUGAUUUCCCCCUAUCCACAGCCACGCCUACUCCUAAAGUAACAUCGCGUCCAUCCUUACUGUGAAGAAAUGCCUUUUUUAUUCUGUAUAUGCCCUCUUUGUAUUUGUGUCAAUAGCAAUGUUUCCCUAUGGCAUUCGGUAGGUAAAACUACCGAAUGCAGACCACCCUGUCACCCCUUUAUAAAUCCAAACUUUGGGGCUUGUUGGCUUCUAAAGACAGUUUCUUCCCCAUUGGAAUCCAUGGGAAGGUGUGUUUCUUCCCCUCCCCCGUUUCCUGUCUAUUGUUCUCAAGCAGGGAGUUGUCCCAGGGACACUGCCAGACCAGUGGGAACUGGUUUGGGCAGAAAAGCCAUGCUUCCUUUGGGUCACAAAGGACUUCUAACUAACUUUUGAACUAAUGGAAGGAUUUGCAUGAUUUUUGGGUAUGUUUGUAUUUGGGAUGUGCUGAUUAUUAAUAUUGGAUGUAUGGUUUUGGAGUUAUGAAAGUUGGGUAAAAAGUGUGUUUUAAAAUGUAUGGAUAAUUGGGUUACCUCUCAGGCUAAGGGGAGGGGAUGUGUGGGAUGUAACCAUUGUGUGAAUGGUUGUACUGUGUCCCACCCUGUGGGAUGUCCCCUUGCAUGGGGACCUGCAUAAAAGAAGGUUCUUUGUGUGCCAAUAAACAGUUCAUCUUUGUACCCUUAUUCUGACUACGUAUGCUGUUUGGGAGUUUGUGUGUUUUACUGUGGGAAUUAUCCAGGAACACUAUUGGAUUUACAAUUGGGAAUUCGUCUACUAUAACUACCGAACGGAGGGCUAUAUUCACUGGGCUCUGGCUGUUCGGGAGGAAACUACCGAUUAAGGUUUAAAUGUACUUGGUUUCCUUACACUUACUAUGCCCUUUAACUGUAGAAUUGCCCGAAUCCUAAUGACCCAUUCCACUAUAUGGUGUGACUUGUUUAAGCCUAAGAUAAAUUGGCUGAUCAGGCUACCUGUAUUAACAAUGUCAUCAACGAUGAGUUAGCAUCUGUGGAGAAGUAUCACUUCAGGUUGUCCCAAAUUUUCUUUUAACUUAAGUUUUAGUACAUAGUAAGGCCCAUGCCCAACUAUAUGCAGCCUUGUAUAGCAGGCCACAUGACAUCUAUUUGUACCAAGCAAGGCCUGCCUGACUCCUCAUUCCUGUCUAAAAUUGUUGUCUCCUGCAUAAGUGUAGAUGGCUCUCCUUGGAGUAGCCUGUUAACUAAGCCUUGCUUUGUGGUUACCUUCACCUGUCCAAUUAAUCUGCUAGGUGAAGAUGUCCUUCCCCCACUUGAAGGCCCCUAUCACCUUAUUAUUUCUUUUGUUCCACACAGUGAAACCUGACCAAGAGGCAAGCUAGUUCCCCCAAUACCUUUACCUGAAUUAUACAGGCCCCAAAGCCAUUCCAAGCUCUUACUAUUCCCUAACAGGUUAAGGCUCUGGUGUCGAAUGGUGCCCUGGUUCCCUGAGACUUUCCAUGCAAUAUCCCACCUCUCCUUGUGAUGGACGAAUUCUGUGCAGGAUAGUGUCACCCUGCAGGGAUGAUACUCUAUUUACCUGGCCACUCUUCUGCCACUUCCCAUGGGGGGGGGGGAAUUAUAAGACACUGACUAUUAUUUUUUUUAGCCUUUUACUCAUGAUCUGUUCCGGAUUUGCUGUCACUACAGUGGACCAAGUAUCUCACCUCAACAAUGUCUGCACAAGAAGCUGAGCUAUAGGCUCCCAUCACAGCAUGCAAGAUCUCUGAAGGAAGACUGAACUCAGAGGAAGCAUGUGGCAACUCUCUGGCUGACCAAGUUGUUCAAGAAGUUGUAAGUGCACUAAGGGAAGUGGACAGAAAAGUGUCUGCUGAAGAAACUCCCAUAUUCACCAUGUAAGAUCCUACCCACAGACAUCAAGCUCCUGAAGGAAUAACAAGCAGCUACUGACCCUGGAAAGGAAAAAAAACACAAGCUGGAAACAGAAAGGGGCAACCCUUAAAGACAGGCUGUACUUCAACAAUCUCAAGUUCUGCUUGCCCAAGAACAUAUACUCAGCAGUGGUCCAGUGGGCCUACGGAGUAUCUGUCCAGAACCCUCAUGAACUCUUUUGAUCAAUAAAUACUCUGAAGUACCAGGAAUUGCCUCUCUGACCAACAGUUACUGUAAAUCUUGUACCAUUUGUGCCAAGGGCAACUCAGGAAGAAUGGAGGAAAGCCCCAAGCAUCUAGUCAAACCUCAUUAUCUCUUCCAGAGGAGUCAAGUCGACUACAUCCAGAAUGCCAAAGAAUGGCUGAUUCAAAUAUGCACUAAUUAUAGCAGACAUGUUUUCAGGAUGGCCAGAGGCCUAUCCAGCCACCAAAGUGAUAACCAAGACCACAUGCUGAGUAGUGCACCGUGAAAGUUACAGAGAUCACCCCGUGGAUUCAUCAUUCCAGAAUCAAGCCUGCCUCUGCAUCAUGUGAAGUAGCAUUUGUUGAUCUUGACAACCCUUUUUGAAACUUCAUUCUUAGAGAACAAAGAUACUUGUUGAAAAAAUAAAUAAAUAUCAACAAGUGGGUGUUUUGAUGGCCAUAAUAAUGCCUGACCACCUGCCAUCGAUGGAAAGCCGAAUACCCCAAAAGGGGACCUCGUGAAACUAAAGAGAAACAAACAUACUCCUUACCCUGCAGCCCUCACGUCUGAGGUGCCAUACGCACAGUCAAAGCUUCUUCAGGAUCAUCUGCUUAUCUUGAGUUUGUGGUGAUAUUAAUAUUGAAUGUUUAAAUUAUCUGAAUCUGUCAGUACUAGGGUAGCAUGAGACAAGAUUUCUAAGAUUAAGAAUAAGUAAAUGUGCCCUAGCCAAGGUUAUUAUGUCCAUACACAUAACACAUGACAAUCCCCAAGGUACUCUUGACACACCUCAAUUAUGCUUCAGGACAAAAAGGAGUACCCCUAUAAAGGGUGGUUUUACCCUUAUAUAUAUAUAUAUAUAUAUAUAUAUAUAUAUGUAUAUAUAUAUAUAUAUAUAUAUAUAUAUAUAUAUAUAUAUUAAUGCCAUAGGGGUGUCAAGGGGGGUACCAAAUGAUUUUAAGGUAAGAAACUAAGGUUGAAUCUAUUCUCCCAAGCAUUACGGCUAAUAAAAUCUGAAUUGGAAGGGAAGAGGUUUAUACAAUAAACAGGAGACCUUUUUCUUACAGGACAUGUAUGACACACUUGAAUGGGUAGGUGCCACGCACAUGACUGUUAAUCCCCUCAAACCACACAUUAGGACUUUAUAAGACAUGGUAGUCAUCCCAUAUUUGAUGAUACUAGGGCUGUAGAGACAGGUUUCUCUGACACUAACUUGUUACUUGAAUGGAUGAAAUACAAUGCUACUAAACAUAACAAGUCUAAAUGCUAUGUCUGCGGAGGAGCGAGGCCUCACCCAGGUACUGUAUCCCUGAACCUUCCUCCGGAUAUGAAGUAUGCGUUUUAAGUCUCUACACCUAAGCGGUCAGCAUGCGAGUCAUGGAAACUUAAUACCCAAUCAUUACUAAAAAUAUUAUGCCCAGACGAAUGCUUGUUAUGGGAUAAAUGGUGGGAUAGGGCGGGAACUAUACUUGUUAUGGGAUAUAUGGUGGGAUAGGACGGUUACAAACUACCUCUCAGAUGACCUUCCAGAAUAGAAUAAGCUUGGAAAUGAUUUUGGCAGAAAAAGGGAGAGUAUGUAAAAUACUCCCAGACACCAUAACAUGCUGUACCUAUAUUCCAGAUAAUACAGGCCCUAAUGGUAAGGUAACGUUGGCAAUAGAAAAGUUAAAGAAUUUGUCCAACGAGCUGAAACGAAAUUCUGGGGCCGCAGAUCCAUGGGAAAGAUGGUUUGGAUGGAUGACUGGAUGGCAAAGUGCUCUGGCCCAAAUAGGUGUUGCCAUUUUAAUAACGAUAAUCAUCCUCGCUCUUCUUGUUUGUUGUGUGUUACCCUGUCUUAAGAAAUGCCUACAAAAGACAGUUGAUCAGACAAUCGACCAGACCACCCCGACCUUCCUUCACCAAGAGAUUGACGACAUAGACCGUGAUACACCACAUACACCCUUACAGUCCAACCGCACUAAAUCAACAGCUACUUCCUCUUAAGGACAUUCAGGGAUAGCGUCUGUCUCUACGGGCAGAAGUCUGUCGCGGGAAGAAGUAGUGGACAAGCUGCUACGGGUUACCCGCGCAGUGAAGUGUUCGAGGCCUGUUCAGACAGAUGUGCAAGAUAGCCUUUUUGUUAUUUUUCUAUAGGGACAGUAUUAGAGUGAGAGAUAGUAGUUUCUAAUUAAAUUGCCAUUUUAAGGGGGGACUGUUAUGGACAGAUGAAUUAGAAUAAAAUGGCUAUUUACUAAUGUCUAUUUAUUCUGUGUAAUGUUAAAACUGGCUGCUAGAGUAAAUAUUCCCUCCCCCCCUACAAUGUGUUCAGUUGAUAUUUCCUCUGUAAAUUCCUCACAUCCUGCUAAGCAUCCCCCUUCCCAUCAAGCAAACCUUGUGUAACAGCUUCCUUUAAUAACUCCUCCCCCACUUCCUUUGUGCCAGUUAACAGCUAUAUGCCACGUGUAACAAAAUGGAGAAUCACUGUUAAAGUAACUGAAAGAAACUACUCACUCCCCCUGUCAUCGUGUAUCCAGGAGCUGGAAUAUAGGCGGGAGAAGUCUGUAAUGACGACACUACAUCCUGUAGGGGGGGUUUAGACAAGAAUCCUUAGACUGUUAACCAAUUGUUGAAUGUAUACUGUAUGUUUAAACUGUGACUCUGUACAUGACGUAUUUCUGCUUUAAAAGGAACUCCCACUCCAGGGAAUAAAGCAUUCCUUGGUUUUUCACUGAUCAGUAACUUUGUCUCUGGUGUGAAUUACUUCUAGGGAAAGCGUGCACGCAUUAAUCAAUCAAUUUGGAAGGUGUAGAUAGACAAAUUAUCAAAGUUUUCUUUGAUCCAAAACAAGGGUACAGGGAGCUCCGUCACAUAAGGCUUCCCCAGAAAAGCAAUAGAGCCUAAUAAAUAAAAAUACAAAACAUAGUGCUCUCUAUAAACAAAACAAAACCGUGCAGGGAAAGGAAUGGACAUUACUCACUUCUCCCAGAGCAAUCUGAGGGUAUUGUUCAAUCCUUAGCACCUUAGUGGAACAAAUCCCCACUACAGAUAUUACCAGGAGCUGUGUAUCAUACAUGAGAAGCUAUCCAGGAGCAGAAAAGAAAAAAAAAUAUCCAGGAGCAAAAAAUCUUAAAGAAACUUUAUUUAUAACCUGGAAAUCCUCUCAUCUAUGAUACACCUCUCCUGGAUAGUAUGAAUUAUUUACACUACUUCAGUCUGGUGAAAUAAAAUAAAUGAGUAAUAGAAAAAAUAAUAAAUGUAAAUGUUACAGCCUCCUACAGUACAGAUUAUUCAAUGAAGGUUUGCGAAACAGACAUUAAAAGACAAUAGAAAUUCUAUCGGCAAAUACAAUACCGAAUUAAUUAAUCAGUUUGAAAGCGAUUUCUACGACGCGAAUUGCAGAAUAACUUUUUCAUUAUCUUUGCAUUUUUCACUGUCUACAGGUUGACGUCCAUCUUGAACCAGUUAUAAAGUCAUGCUGACCGUAGGUGUUCUCCUGCUCUUUCUCGGUACAGUGAUUGCUACAUUUCCCAGAGAAUGUACAACGCCUGAAGCCCUUAGAACAUAUACUUGUUGCCCCUUAUUGGAUGGAAGCCCUUGUGGAUAUAACUCUGGGAGGGGCAUAUGUCAAAUUAUACCACAAAGUAGAGCAAAGGGUAAUAACCCUUUGUCAUAUGAUGAUCGAUAUUCCUGGCCACUAUAUUACUUCAACAGGACCUGUCGAUGCUUUGGCAACUACGGCCAGUACAACUGCGGAUAUUGCAAAUCUGGAUGGUGGGGAUCAGACUGUAGCAAAAGAAUUGAAUUAGUGAGGAGGGAACUCCGGGAGUACUCACUAGUGGAGAGAAAGACCUUUUUUGCCUAUUUACAUUAUUGCAAAACAAAGAUCUCCAAAGAAUAUGUCAUACUGACCACAGGAGACCGAUUCUACAAAGAUACCUUCCAAUUCAAGAAUGCCUCAUACUAUGAUAUCGCUGCCUUUCUCCAUUACUAUGCUAUCAAACCUGCGAUUAAUAACAGCCAGGUAGUCGGUGGUUUAAAUUACGCUCAUGCCUCUUCUGGGUUCCUUACCUGGCAUCGACUCUACAUCCUCUUCUUUGAGCAUCUGAUGCGAAUCUGUACUGGUGUUGAGACUUUUACAUGUCCGUACAAUGACUGGCAAGAUGACUCUGGUUGUGCCCUUUGCACAAAUGAUUUCAUUGGCGACAGCAACGAGCAGGGGAAAUUAAGUGAGUUCUCAAUCUUCUCACGUUGGAAGGUGAGUUAUGACUUCUUUAUAAAGUUUUAA